CCCCAGCCUGGCCUCGGGUGGAGGGAUUGUGAGGGAACAGAACUACAUCAUCUGGCUGUAGUUUUGUUUUGGGGACGUUGGAGGCUCGACCGUUCUCCCUGGACUUUGUGGAAAACCUUCUGUGGAUAAGGAGACUGCUCCAGACUCUGCUGGGCUCCGUCCCACCAGUCCAGGCAACCUUGUGGAUACAAGGUGCCGAUCAACAUGUCAACUCAGGCGCCGACGUUCACACAGCCGCUACAGAGCGUCGUGGCACUAGAGGGUAGUGCUGCGACGUUCGAGGCUCAAGUUAGUGGUUCUCCAGUUCCUGAGGUGAGCUGGUUCCGUGAUGGCCAGGUUCUUUCUGCUGCUGCUUUGCCCGGCGUUCAGAUCUCGUUCAGCGACGGCCGCGCUGUUCUGAGGAUCGUCGCCGUGAGCGCCGCACACAGCGGGAGGUUUUCUGUCAGAGCCACAAACGGAGCCGGACAAGCCACGAGCACCGCGGAGCUCCUCGUUACAGCUGAGACGGCGCCUCCAAACUUCCUCCAGAGACUUCAGAGUUUGACGGUGAGACAGGGCGGCCAGGUGAGGCUGGACGUCCGAGUCACAGGAAUCCCGACUCCCGUGGUCAAGUUUUACAGAGAAGGAGCUGAGAUCCAGAGCUCGACCGACUUCAGGAUCCUCCAGGACGGAGACCUGUACAGUCUGAUGAUCGCUGAGGCCUUCCCAGAGGACUCUGGGACGUAUUCUGUGACCGCCACCAACAGCAGUGGACGGGCCACGUCCACCGCAGAGCUGCUGGUCCAAGGUGAAGAAGCCGUUCCAGCAAAGAAAACCAAGACAGUGAUUUCACAAACCCAAACCAGACAGACCAGAGUGGAAAAGAGGAUGGAGGCCAGUUUCCAGGCCACCACCAUGAUGCAGAUGCAGGUAGAGGGCGCUGAGAUGACUCAGCUGCUGGCUCACAAGACUCCGCCCAGAGUUCCUCCCAAACCAGCGUCCAAGUCGCCCACUCAGCCCUCGCUGGUCGCUAAGAUGGCCGCAGGACGCCAACAGUCACCGUCACCUGUCAGACACGUGAAGGCGCCCACACCUUCACCUGUCAGGCCGGUCAAGUCCCCCAUCACCUCACGGAAGGAGGUGGUCGUCGGAGGUGUUGAUGUCCUCCCACCCUGGAAGCAGGGCGAGAUCGAGGUCAGCGUUGUCCAGCAGGGAGUCCUGGUCAAAGAGGCUGGGGGAGGGAAAAGAGCCGGGGCGGUGGCCACCGUGGUUGCCGCCGUCGACCUGGCUCGCGUCCGUCAGCCCGUGCAUGUGGAGGGCGGAGCUGAACAGGAGGAGGUGGAGGCUGUAGAGGUGGAGUUAAGGCAGUCGGUCGACCAGCAGUAUGGAGGAAGCUGGAUGUCGACCACAACUCAGUCUGCUCAGGAGUUCACAGCUGAACUGGCGCCCCCUCGGCCUCAGAUUCAAAGAGUGACAGAAAUCUCCUCCCGUGCGGAUGCUGGUCUUGGCCCGUCUCCAGGGGCACAUUUCACCGUUUCUAAAGUUUCUGUCCCAAAACCUGAACCUAGAUAUGAGGUUUCCAUCGCAGGCUCGGCUAUCGCCUCUCUGCAGAAAGAGUUUUCCUCAUCCUCCACCGCCACUAGAAAGAUCAUCAAGCCGGUCAAGUCCCCCAGUCCAUGCCGCCCGGCUGCAGAGACCAGGGAUACGCCGGAGCCCGUCCCACCGCCAUUCAGAGACUUCUCUGAGAAAUAUCCGAGUCGUGUCGGCUCUGAGUUACAGACGGGGGUGGUGUACUCGGGGGGCAUGCAGAGAGUUUAUGAGGACUGGGGAGCCCAGGUGGUGGAGGCAGCAGCCAUACCUUCAGCAGGUGGCGCCGUGGUCCCGCCGACACUGAUGAGUGGUUUGAAGAACACAAACGUGACGGAGGGCGAGUCGGUGACUCUGGAGUGCCAGAUCAGCGGUCACCCGGCCCCCGUCAUCAUGUGGUUCAGGGAGGACUACAAGAUUGAAAGCUCCAUCGAUUUCCAGAUCAGCUACGAGAACGGAUUUGCCCGGCUGGUAAUCCGCGAGGCGUUCGCUGAAGACAGUGGCCGCUUCACCUGCACGGCCACCAACGAGGCGGGAACCGUCAGCACCUCCAGCUACCUGCUCGUCCAGGUGUCUGAAGACAUCGAGAGCAGAGAGGAGAUUGUUGCAGAACAUGUUGAAAUUACUCAGCAGAAACUAGUUACUGAAGAAGCCAAAGGGGAGACCACGGCUCAGGUGAGCGUCGCAGAGUCAGAUACUGCUGCCGCCGCUCCCUUCUUCAUCAGGAAACCCACCAUCCAGAAGCUGGUGGAGGGAGGAAGUGUCGUGUUUGACUGCCAGGUCGGAGGAAGCCCCAAACCUCACAUUAUAUGGAAGAAGAGCGGCGUACCGCUCACCACUGGAUACAGAUACAAAGUUGCCUACAAGAAGGAAACUGGAGAGUGUAAGCUGGAGAUCUCCAUGACCUUCGCUGAUGAUGCCGGAGAAUACUCCGUCUUUGCCAAGAACCAGCUUGGAGAAGUCUCAGCUUCUGCCAGUCUGCUGGAGGAAGAGGCAUAUGAAGCCUACAUGAAGACACAGGAAGCUACCUUUAAGGCUGAAGUAACAGCCGUGGUCCAAGAGCCCAAAGUGGGAGACAUUCCCCCCAUCACUGUUGAACAGAUGACCACCACCAUCAUAUCCGGACAGGAGUUCCACCUGUCCAUCACUGAGCAGAGGAUGAUCCAGGAGAUUGAGUUCAGUAUCAUGAAGAUCACCUACAGAGAGAUAGUGACAGAAGAUGGAGAGUUGAUGGUGACCGCCACCCCCACAGAGGCCGUUCAGCCGGCCUUCGACACGCCGGUCAAAAACUACAGGAUCAUGGAGGGAAUGGGCGUCACAUUCCACUGCAAGAUGUCUGGAAUGCCACUUCCAAAGAUUGCCUGGUACAAAGACGGUCAGCGCAUCAGGCCUGGAGGCCGCUACCAGAUGGAGGUUCUCCAGGAUGGACGAGCCAGCUUACGUCUGCCUGUCGUGCUACCGGAGGAUGAAGGCGUGUACACCGCCUUCGCCACCAACAUGAAGGGAAACGCCGUCAGCUCUGGGAAGCUCUACGUGGAGCCGUCUGGAGCUGUAACACCUCAGAGAUAUACACCACAGCCGGCAGUGCAGAGGAUCAGGUCCACAUCUCCUCGUUCUCUGAGCCGCUCGCCUGGACGUUCUGCCAGCCGCUCUCCUGCACGUUCUCCGGCCCGACGGCUCGAUGAGACCGACGAGGCUCAGCUGGAAAGACUCUACAAACCCGUGUUUGUCAUGAAGCCUUCUUCAUGUAAAUGCUCUGAGGGGCAAACAGCCAGAUUUGACCUGAAGGUCGUCGGCAGACCGAUGCCAGACACAUACUGGUUCCACAAUGGACAACAAGUGGUUAGUGAUUUCACCCACAAGAUAGUGAUUAAAGAGGAUGGUACUCAGUCCCUGAUCAUCGUCCCGGCCAUGCCACAGGACUCUGGAGAGUGGACAGUCGUCGCUCAGAACAGAGCUGGACGGACGUCUAUCUCCAUCACUCUCACAGUUGAUGCUAAAGAAACUUUGGUGCGUCCUCAGUUCAUUGAGAAGCUGAAGAACAUCAGCGUAAAGCAGGGCACCCUGGUUGAACUGGCCGUCAAAGCCAUUGGAAACCCCUUGCCUGACAUCGUCUGGUUGAAAAACAGCGAUAUUAUCACUCCACACAAACACCCACACAUCAAGAUUGAAGGAACAAGAGGAGAAGCCAAAUUCCAGAUUCCCUCAUCAGCCGGCUCUGACAGUGCCUGGUACACUGCUACAGCCAUCAACAAGGCCGGCAGAGACACCACACGCUGCAGAGUCAACGUGGAGGUGGACUAUGUAGAGCCUGAACCAGAGAGGAAGCUCAUUAUUCCCAAAGGAACCUACAAAGCCAAAGAAAUCGCCCCUCCAGAAGUGGAGCCUCUUCAUCUGCGAUAUGGCCAGGAGCAGUGGGAGGAGGGCGACCUUUACGACAAAGAGAAGCAGCAGAAACCACAGUUCAAGAAGAAGCUGACCUCUAUCAGAAUGAAGAGGUUCGGUCCGGCUCACUUUGAGUGCAGACUGACUCCCAUCGGUGACCCCACCAUGGUGGUGGAGUGGCUACAUGACGGCAAACCACUGGCUGCUGCUAACAGGCUGCGUAUGGUCAAUGAAUUUGGUUACUGCAGCCUCGACUAUGAAGUCGCUUACGCCAGAGACAGCGGCGUCAUCACCUGCAGAGCAACCAACAAGUUUGGAGUCGACCAGACCUCGGGCACCCUGAUCGUCAAGGACGAGAAGGGUCUUGUGGAGGAAACACAACUUCCUGAAGGAAGGAAAGGUGCCCACCGAAUAGAUGAGAUGGAGCGCAUGGCUCAUGAAGGAGGACCUGCUGGAGUCAGCACUGAUGAGGAAAGUGAAAAGACAAAACCUGAGAUUGUCCUUCUUCCAGAACCAGCCAAAGUCCUGGAAGGAGAUGUUGCCCGAUUCCGCUGCAGAGUGACCGGUUAUCCAGCACCAAAGGUUAACUGGUACCUGAACGGACAACUCAUCCGCAAAAGCAAGAGAUACCGACUUCGUUAUGAUGGUAUUUACUAUCUGGAGAUUGUCGACAUCAAGUCCUAUGACUCUGGAGAGGUCAGGGUGGUUGCAGACAACAACCUGGGCUCAGCUGAACACACUGUGAAGCUGGAGAUCCAACAGAAGGAAGAUUUCAGGACUCACCUGCGCCGUGCCCCCGAGGCCAAACCAGCUGAAGCUGCCCCCGAACCUGGAAAAACACCAUUUGAGGUGGUGAAAGUUGAGAAACCUGCAGAGGACACUCAACUGAAAGAAGUGGUCACGCUCAAGAAGGCCCAGAGAAUCGUCCAUGAAAAAUCCACAGAGGAGACAGAGGAGCUGAGGAGCAAGUUCAAGCGCAGGACGGAGGAAGGUUAUUAUGAGUCCAUUACGGCGGUAGAGCUCAAGUCUCGUAAGAGGGACGAGUCCUAUGAAGACCUGCUGAAGAAGACGAAGGAGGAGCUGCUCCACCGUGCUAAGGAGAAGGAGGAGGCUGAGAAGAAGAAGGAGGAGGAGCGCAAAGUUACUGCAAAAGCACUCAAACCAGAGCGAGUCAAACUAUCAGCCAGCAUGGAAGCUCCCAAGAUCCUGGAGCGUAUAACCAGCCAGACCGUCGCACAGGGUGAUGAAGUCAAGUUCAGAGUCAGAGUUGUCGGCAGACCAGAACCAGAGUGUCAGUGGUUCAAGAACGGCAUCCAGCUGGAGAAGACUGACCGGGUCUACUGGUACUGGCCUGAGGACCACGUUUGUGAGCUGGUGAUCAGAGACGUCACAGCAGAGGACUCUGCUAGCAUCAUGGUCAAAGCAUCCAGCACUGCCGGAGAGACUUCCAGCCACGCAUUCCUGCUGGUGCAAGCAAAGCAAGUCAUUACCUUCACACAGAAGUUGGAGGACAUCAACGCCAACGAGAAGGACACCAUGGCUACAUUUGAGUGUGAAACCAACGAGCCUUUUGUUAAAGUCAGAUGGCUGAAGGACAACGUGGAGAUCUUCUCUGGAGACAAAUACAGGAUGCACUCUGACAGGAAGGUCCACUUCCUGUCUGUGCUGAUGAUUGGCAUGAGGGAUGAUGCAGAAUACACCUGCGAGGUUAUAGACGAGGAUGUCCACACAACCGCCAAACUCAAUGUUGAAGGAGCUCCUCUUGAGGUCCUGAAGCAGCUGGAGAACACAGAGGUACCAGAGACAUACUCUGGAGAGUUCGAGUGUGUUGUAUCUCGUGAAGAUGCUGAAGGAAGCUGGUUCUUUGGAGAAAAGCUGCUUGAGUCCAGCAGUAAAUACAUCAUGACCUCCCGCCGUGGAAGACACACUCUCUCUGUGAAAGAUGUGAAGAAGGAGGACCAGGGAAAAUACUCCUUCAAAGUGGGCGAGUUCAAGUCGAGUGCCUCUCUGAAGAUGAAACUGCGUCCAGUGACUCUGAUUCAGCCUUUGACCGACCUCACGGUCUGCGAGGGUGACAUCGCUCAACUAGAGGUCAAGUUCUCCCAGGAGGACGUUGAAGGAACCUGGAUGAAAAAUGGCCAGCCCAUCACAGCCUCAAACCGUGUGCACAUCAUUAUCGACAAACAAAUCCACAAACUCCUAAUCGAGGACACCAACAAGGAUGACUUUGGAAUGUACUCCUUCACAGUUCCUGCUCAGGAGAUUUCAACCUCUGCAAAGCUGCUUGUUCAGACUAUUGGCAUCUUAAUCCCACUUAAGGACACUAGUGCCAUUGAAGGCACCAAGGCAGUCCUGGAAGCCAAGAUCUCGGCUCAAGACAUCAGUUCCGUCAAAUGGUACCACAAUGACAAGCUACUGACACCCAGCGACAGAAUCCAAGCAGUGGCGAAAGGAGCCAAGCAGCGCCUGGUCUUCUCCAGGACGUACGCCUCCGAUGAAGGACACUACAAACUGGUGGUUGGCCGAGCUGACACCAGCUGCAAGUUUAGUGUUGAGACUGUCCAGAUCCUGUCCCCAAUGAAGAACAAGCAGUGCUCAGAAUCUGAGAAUGUUACAUUUGAAGUUGAGGUUUCUCAUCCUGGCAUCGAUGCCUUCUGGACUUUCAAGAGGCAGCCACUCAAAGCCGGCGCCAAGCACAAGAUGGAGUCCAAGGACAAGCGCCACACCCUGACGGUCAUAAACGCAAUGAAGGAUGAAGAGGGCGAGUACAUGUUUGCCGCUGGUGAGAAGACAUGCAGCGCUUCCCUCACCGUAUCAGGUGGUGCCAUCAAGAAGCCGCUGCGUGAUUUAGUGGUGGCUGACUCCCAGACCGCCACGCUGGAGUGUGAAGUAGCCAACCCAUCUGCAGAAGGCAAGUGGCUGAAAGAUGGCCAGUCUGUCGACUUCAGCGAGAACGUCCUGAGCGAGGUGAACGGGGCAGUGAGACGCCUCGUCAUCAUCAUCACCAAAGCCACCGACAUCGGAGAAUACACCUACCAGGUCGCCACUUCCAAGACCACAGCUACCCUGAGAGUCGAGGCUGUCAAGGUCAAGAAGACCCUGAAGAACCUGAACAUCGUGGAAACUCAGGAGGCAGUGUUCAGCCUGGAGCUGACCCACGAGGAUGUGAGGGGAGCACAGUGGAUCAAGAACGGCGUUGAGAUCCUGCCCAGUGACAAAUACGAAAUCAACAUAGAAGGGACAGUCCACACCCUGAAGAUCAAGAACUGUACUACACAGGAUGAGUCUGUCUACUCCUUCAAACUGGGAAAAUUGUCCGCAAAUGCCAGACUAAAUGUUGAAACCAUAAAGAUCCUAAAGAAGCCAAAGGAUGUGACUUCUCUGCUUGGAGCGACCGCCGUGUUUGAAGUUGGUAUCUCAGAGGAAGACAUCCCAGUGAAAUGGAUGUUCAACAACACAGAGCUGAAGUCCAACGACCACUACAAGAUGCUGUCUGAGAAGAAGACCCACAAACUGAUUGUCCAGGAUGUAGACAACAGCAAAGAGGGCGAGUACACCGCUGUGGUGGGCCACCUGCAGUGCAGCGCUCACCUCACCGUUGAGUCUCUGCGAGUCACCAAACCCUUGAAGAGCGUUGAGGUCCCAGAGACUCAGGUGGCCACGUUCGAGUGUGAAGUCUCUCACUUCAACGUCCCGUCCACCUGGCUGAAGGACGGCGUGGAGAUCGAGAUGAGCGAGAAGUUCAGGAUUGUGGUUCAGGGGAAACUCCACCAGCUGAAGAUCAUGAACACCAGCACUCAGGACUCUGCAGAAUACACGUUUGUCUGCGGCAACGACCGAGUCUCAGCCACACUCACCGUCAGCCCUAUCCUCAUCACCUCCAUGCUGGAGGACCUCAACGCCCAGGAGAAGGACAUCGUGACAUUCGAGGUCAAUGUCAACUACGAGGGCAUCACCUACAAGUGGCUGAAGAACAACGUGGAGAUCAAGUCCACAGACCGAUGCCAGGCUCGGUGCAAACAGCUCACUCACACUCUGAGCAUCAGGAACGUCCACUUUGGAGACACCGCCGAGUACACCUUCAUGGCCGGAUCCGCCGUUACUUCGGCUAAACUUUAUGUGGAGGCUCGUGUGAUUGAAUUCACCAAACACCUGAAAGACCUUAAGAUCACUGAGAAGAAGAGGGCAACCUUCGAAUGUGAAGUCUCUGAGCCGAAUGUCCAGGUGAUGUGGAUGAAGGACGGUCAGGAGCUGGAAAUGUCUGACAGAUACAAAAUUACCUCUGAUAAUUAUGUGCACCGCCUGGUUCUGCCAUCUGUCCGCCUGUCUGAUGCUGGUGAAUACACCGCUGUGGCCGGGUCAAGCAUGUCCAAGGGACAUCUGGGAGUCGAAGGAAGAGAUGUCAGAAUCUCAGAGCCGGUCAGCCGGGACAUCACAGUGGUUGAGAAACACCGAGCAACCUUUGAGUUUGAGGUGGAUGAGGAUGACGUGGAAGGUCGCUGGCAGAGGAAUGGCGUGGAGAUCCAGUUCUCAGUGGAGGAGAGGUUCAACUAUGCCACCAUCAGGAAGCUACACCGCCUCACCAUCUCUGAGACGUACAGGAGCGACGCUGGGGAGUACACCUUCUUAGCCGGCAAAAACAGGAGCACCAUGAAUCUUCAUGUUAAAUUGCCAGAACCUCCUCAGAUCGUGCGCCACAUGCAGCCUCAGACAGCGAUGUCCGGACGGUCAGUUCGCUUCUCGGCGCAGGUGAGCGGCAUCCCUCAGCCUCAGGUGUCCUGGUACAAAGACUCCCAGAUCCUGACUACCAGCUACAAAUGCAAGCUCCUCCAUGAUGGAGAUGAGCACACGCUGCUGCUCCUCGAGGUCUUCCCAGAGGACGCCGCCACCUACAGCUGUGAGGCCAAGAACGACUAUGGAGAGGCAACAAGCUCCGCCCCUCUCACUGUGGAAGUUCCUGAGGUUGUUGAAGUUUCUCAGGUUUCUGCUCCGGUCCUCGUCACUCCCAUGAGGGAUGUGCUGGCUUCGGAGGGAAAACCUACUGUGUUCCAGUGUCGCAUUUCUGGAGAAGAUCUGCAGAUUUCUUGGUUCUGCAAGAACAGAGAGAUCAAAGAGUCUGACAUCUUCAGGAUGUCUCAUUAUGGUGAAAACUGCCAGUUGGAGAUCUCCAGAGUCGUCCUCCAACACGAGGGAGAGUACUCAUGUGUUGCCACUAAUUCAGCAGGAAUGGUGACAUGUGCUGCCACACUGAAUAUUGACGUAACUACGGUGGAGAAGGAACCUGAGACUCAGAUCCAGGAGGAAGUCAAAGCCUUCUCUAGUUCAACCAUCACAGUGGAGGAGGAAACUCAGGAGUCGUACCACACCGGCCUAACGUUACCAGACAAAACCAGAACACUUGAACUCCGGCCAGAGUCCAGAUGCUACUCUAGCACUCUGGAGAGAAAAAAACAAAAACCAGUUUUCUUCAGCAAACUUUCUCCAGUGGUCGUGACUGUUGGUGAAAGGGCAGUGUUUACGGUCCGAGCCUCUGGUUUCCCUGAACCCAGUGUUCAGUGGUUCCACAAUGGACAGAGCAUCACAAGUUCAUCCGUGUUCACGUUCAUUCACCAACAUGAUGAGUACAGUUUGGUCGUUAACAAAGCUGAGAGGGAAUUUGAGGGUGAAUAUUCCUGCACUGUCAGCAACAGGUUCGGUCAUUCCUCCUGCUCUUCUUAUCUGCACGUUCACAUUAAGGAGCCUGAAAAAGUCCUGACUGGGAAAGCACCAGAAUUUGUUCAAACAAUUGAUUGUGUGGAGGUGCUGGAGGGAGGUCAGGGUUUCUUCAGGUACACUGUGACAGGAGAUCCUCUCCCUGAGGUUCAGUGGCUCAAAGGCAGCUUCCACAUUCAGCCCAGUGGAUUCUGCAUCAUCGUGAACAACCCCGACGGUUCUGGCUUUAUUAAUAUUAAGAGUGUCAAACAAGAGCACAGCGGCAGCUACACCUGUAAGGCCAUUAACCAACACGGAGAAGCCUCUUGUACUGCAGAGCUGUUGGUGUUUAUAGCUCAGGAAGAGUUAGUGCAGAAAAGUAAAAGUUUGAAGAUUUCUAUGAGCGAACAAACAGAACGCAGACUGUUCCAGGAAAGAGCUCGGUCUGAUCAGAUGAUUUACACCAUCAGCACCGAGGACAGACAUAUUAUACCCAGCGAGGAGGUGGGAAGCCUCCAAGAGCUCAAUAUCUCUGCUGCCACCCUCCAUCGAGAGCAACUGACCCACCAGGCAGCGGUGCUGCAGUCACUCAAUGUUCAGGAGACGCUUUCUGUGGCUCCAACUCAUCCACCUCAGGUCUCAGCUGUUCCUAUGAAACAGGGUCAGACAACCUCUUUCUUGUCUUCAGUCCAAGAGAGACAGAGGAUCACGGAGCAGCACUCUGAGCGGAUCCUCAGCCCUGAGGUGGUUGAGCUUGAGUUUGCCAAAGAGCAGCCAUCCAAGCUACUGUCGGCUACAUCCCAGGAGGUCCUUCCCCUCAGCACCGUGAGGGCUGAGGCUUUGACAGACCAAGCACCAGAGCUCAUCCAGACCUCGACUGAACCCAGGCAGCUUGUUAGUGGUCACCACGUAGAGUCCACUCUACCCAUCCUGGACGAAGGUUUGGUCAUCGUUCAUAGGCCAGGGGAGGAGAGGUGUUUCAUGGUCACCGAGGGUGUAAAGAUUUUGUACUCGGCUCAGUCUGCAGAUCGACUGCAGCUCACAGAACAACACACUGAACCUCUGCCAGCUGUAGAUGCAGCCACUGAACCAUUGACUUUAAAAGAACAACCUAAAGCAGUUGUAGCACCAGUGAGUGAAGCUAGAGUGACUUUAUCCAAAGAGCAGACAUUAGAGAUACAAAGACCAGACCAGGAGAGCAUCCUUCCACAUAAAGACAGGUUAUAUAAGUCAGCUGGAACUAGUGAAGAGAAGCAUGAGCUCCAAGCUGAACACACAGGACAAGUUCCACCUAUAGCAGCUUCUGUGAGUCUGCAGCCUCAGCGAGAGGAGGAGCUCCUCCUGAAUCUGCAGGUCAUCAGUGACCAGGACGUUUUACAGUCAGACGGAAGGUUCAGUGGAAAAACACCGUCUCCAGAGCAGGCCAACGUCAGAAAAAGUCUGAACCUGCUGCAUUCAGUGACACAAGUAGAGCAGAGGACUGUUGUUUGUGAAGCAGAUACAGAGUUCACAGCAAAGACUGAGGCCACCACUUCCCAGACAAAGAAAGAGUUACCUCCAGCUAAACAUCUUCACUCCAUCCAUUCAGUGUCAAUCUUACCAAAGGAAGGUAUUCUUACUAUCAUCAGGCCUGAUGAGCAGGUGGCAGUUCAGAGAAAGGGAAGGAUGAGAAGGCAUGCUGCUACCUCAGAGGAGAGGAGAGAGAUCAGUGCAGAUUAUCACAAAGACCUGGAUGUGUCUGUGUCUGGGGUCCAGUCUCAGCUCUGCACAGAACCCAGGCCUCCAAAUGUCCUCCCCGUAUCCUCCCAACCCUCCCGGCUGUCCAAGGAGACUCCUCUAGUUGCUGACGUCAAGCCGCAGCGAGCAAUGGUCCAGAGAGAAGACCGCUGGAAUAUCCUGCAGUCUUUGAAUGUCAUAGAAACUCAGACUCUGGAGGAGAAGCACACCGCCAUCUUUGAGACUGAUGAGAAAUUCAGACCAGAGAUGAAAUUUGAGCCCAAGAUCCCAAAGAAGCCCAUUUUCAUAGAAGAGAAGGCAGUGGCCACUGAAAGCUGCACUGUCUUAGAGGCUGCUGAGCAAGACUUUGCUGUCCACAUACAGGAGGGUCAGUCGGUCCGACGGUCAGUGCUGCUAGAGGAGAAGCAGGUCAUCGAGGACGAGCAGUCCACAGAAAUCCAUAAAUCUGAGGGCUCAGUCGUCAGUGUUCAGACGCAGCCAAAAGGAGUUCUGUGCCUCCAUGAGUCUCAGGACACUCACACUCUCCCCAAAGAACUCCACUUUGUCCUUCACAUCCCCAAACCAUCAAGUUUAAAUGUACGCCAUCAGCUCAGAGAUGCUCUUGAGUCGGCCGUGGCCCAGGACCAGCUGGUGUUACUGGCUGACGUGGUAGGAAGGUUAGAGUCGGUAGAGAUACAGGAGGUGAAAGUGCAGAGAGAGCCCAGACAGGAGUCACAUACGUAUCUCAUCACAUCUGCCGGUGCCCCGCUGGAGAUCACUCUGACUCUAGAAGGAGAAUUUCCUCAGAAGUGUGAUAUCAGGUCUGAACUCCAGGUGGCGCUGCAUGCCAUGGUUUACCAGGAUCAGCAAAGCCUCAUGUCAGAGCAACGCACAGUGAGAACGGAAGAGCCUCAGAGAGUCCAGGUGAGGUCAGCUACCUUCAAACAGAUGCUGUCGUCUGUGGUGGACACAGUGAUGGUGGAAGAGAGCGUAGCUGGGUUUCCUGCUGAUCUGUCUCAGUCUGCAGACGUCAAAAUGGAAGCCAAGGCUUCCUUCCAACGUGCAAUAGUUCAGGGUCACACUGAGAUCUGCGAGUCCAGACAGAUGUCGGUUCACAAAGAGGAAUAUCUGUCCGAGGCCAUCAUGAUCAGUGAGUCCUCAGACACUCUGCUCGAUUAUCCCGUCGUCACUGAUUCUCUGGAGGAUGUUUGUGCUGAAGAAAACCAAAAAGCUGUUUUUACUGCCACAAUCAAGUCUGUCACUAAGGUAAACUGGUUUUUCAACGGUCAACUGGUGAAAUCUGGCAAAGAGUUCAAGUGUUACACAGACCACGACACAUACACACUGGUUAUCAACAAGGUUGUGAAAGAGAGGCAUCAAGGAGAAUAUGUGUGUGAGGCUGAGAAUGAAGCCGGCAGAACAAGAACAUCUUCCAGACUCACUGUGGUCUCAAGAGUGAAACCUGUGUUCAGGCACAGGAUUGUUCCCGUGGAGGUCAACAUUGGCCACAAUGCCAAGUUUGAAUGUGAAACUGAGGAUGCUCCUAAUGUGAGCUUCAAGUGGUUCAAAGAUGGGAAGCCCAUCAAAGAUGGGGAAAAGUACAGGAUCAUCAGUCGCUUCAACAUCUCCUCUCUGGAGCUCCUGAGCCCGACCAAGGACGACAGUGGUGAAUACACCUGCAAGGCAUCUAAUCAGCACGGUGCUGACGAAUGCACCGCUGCCCUCAGUGUGACGGAGCGUAAGGUUCCUCCAAACUUCACCAAGAGACCUUCCGAGUCCAUGGAGGACUCUAUGGGUAAGAUGGUAAAGAUGGAGGGCCGGGUGUCUGGCUCCCAACCACUGACUGUCACUUGGUACAAGGACGACAGCCAGAUCUUUGCCUCAGACAAAUAUGACAUCAGCUUCAAGAACAACAUGGCCGUGCUUUUUGUACGAGACUCCGCCUCCUCUGACAGUGGCGUGUACAAGUGUGAGGCUUCCAACGAAACCGGCAAAGCUUCCUGUCAGGUUUCUCUCACCAUCACAGAAACUGGCCAGGUUCCCAAGUUUGACGUUCCUCUGGAGCCAGUGACGGUGAAUGAAGGAGACAAGUUAAGCCUCAAAUGCGUCGUCAGUGGCUCUCCUCCUCUGGACAUCCAGUGGAUGAAAGACAGGAGGGAGCUGAAGUCCAGUGGAAAUGCCAAAAUCUCGUUUGUUGGUGGCACGGCCUGCCUGGAGCUCAGCCAGGUGUCCAAGGCCGAUGCAGGAGAUUACCUCUGCAAGGCCAGCAAUGCUGCCGGCAGCGACUUCUGCAAGGCCAAGGUCACUGUGGCAGAUAAAGGAACUAAAGCUGCCCCAGCAGAGGCUGGUGCCCCAGCUGCAGCUGUCCCAGUCAAACGCCUCGACAACUUGUUCUUCAUCGAGGAACCCCAAAAUGUUUCUGUGGUAGAGAAGGGUACCGCGACCUUCAUCGCUAAGAUCGGAGGCGACCCGAUCCCCAGCGUGAAGUGGAUGAAAGGCAAAUGGAGACAGAUAACCCCUGGAGGUCGCAUCUCCAUCACACACAAGGGCCAGGAUGCCAAGAUGGAAAUCAAAGAGGUGACCAAGUCUGACUCAGGUCAGUACAGAUGUGUCGCCACCAACAAGCAUGGAGAAAUCGAGUGUGGCGUCGACAUGGAAGUUACCAAAAAGGAGGAAGUAGAAGGAAUGGGAGACAUCAGAAGCAAGCUCAAGAAGACUCCCUCCAAGCAGAAGAGUCCAAAGAAACCAGAGGACAUAGAUAUCGUGGAGUUGCUCAGAGGUCAUGAGCCCAAAGACUACGAGAGGAUCCUGCGGGAACAUGGAAUCCAUGACUACCGAGCCAUCCUGCAGGCCAUUGAAUUCCUGAAGAAGGAGAAGGAGAUGCAGACAGGACGACCGGAGGUGGAACGUGGUGGUCGGGUUGAAGAGGAGGACAUGGCUCGACUAAUCCAUCAGCUGGAGGGACGCGUCGGCACAGAGCCUGUCUCUGUGAUGGAGGACAUCUCUGACCAGACUAUCCCCGAGAACCAGAGUGCCACCUUUGAGUGCCAGAUCAAGAUCAACUACCCAGAGAUCACUCUGUCCUGGUACAAGGGAACCCAGAAACUGGACAACAGCGACAAGUACGACAUCAGCAGCGUGGGCGACCGCCACUAUCUGAAGAUCAAGAGCUGCUCGGUCAAAGAUCAGGGCGACUACCGUGUGGUGUGCGGUCCUCACAUCUCCAACGCCAAACUCACCAUCACAGGAGCUGGUUAUAAGUCAGCCGACCAGAUUCAGUUCACUAAAUGCAUCAGAAGCAUCGAGGUCAGCGAACGCCACUCUGCCACCUUCGAGUGCGAGUUGUCCUUUGACAACGCUACCGUCACGUGGUACAAAGACACCUCUGAGCUCAGAGAAAGUCCAAAGUAUAACUUCAGAACCGAGGGCCGGCGCCACUUUAUGACCAUCCGCAAUGUGACGGAGCAGGACGAAGGCGUUUACUCUGUGAUCGCUCGUCUGGAGACGAUGGGAGAAACUCGAAGCACAGCGGAGCUUUACCUUUCAGGCAAAGAGAUUGGGUUAGGAAGGGUUCCUCAGGACGUCCCAGACGUAUCCGUUUACGUACCUGAAGCAGUGUCCAUGCUGGUCUGCAGAGAUUCCUCCGAGUCGUAUCACUACGAGGAGAUAACUGAAGUGAAAGUCUCUCAAACUGUGACGGUUGAAGAGGAGAUGGUUUCGGUUCGGUUCUCCUCCAUCACAGAAGAGAAAAAACCUGUUGAAGAAAUGAUUGAGAGGACUCAGAUGGAGGUCCAACAAGGAACCCCUGAAGUUCCUGAGGUUUACAGGAGAGCCGAGGAGAAACCAUUGGCGCCUCCAGCUUCAGUACCUGAAGCGAAGAAGCCUGAGGCUGUGGUCCCGACUCGGCGGGAGGAAGCUGCAGCUCCACAAGUUGCUCUCCCAGAGGAGAAGAAACCAUCUGCACCUGCACCAAAGCCUUCACCUCCUCCUCCCCUCCCUCCUGCUGCUCAGAAGGUUUCUCCUCCUGCAGUUGCUCCCCCAGAGGAGAAGAAACCAUCUGCACCAGAACCAAAGCCUUCACCUCCUGCUCCCACUCCUCCUGCUGCUCAGAAGGUUUCUCCUCCUGCAGUUGCUCCCCCAGAGGAAAAGAAACCAUCUGCACCAGAACCAAAGCCUUCACCUCCUCCUCCUGCUCAGAAAGUUGCACCUCCUGCUCAGAAGGUUUCUCCUCCUGCAGUUGCUCCCCCAGAGGAGAAGAAACCAUCUGCACCAGCACCAAAGCCUUCACCUCCUCCUGCUGCUCAGAAAGUUGCACCUCCUGCAGUUGCUCCCCCAGAGGAGAAGAAACCAUCUGCACCAGAACCAAAGCCUUCACCUCCUGCUCCCGCUCCUCCUGCUGCUCAGAAGGUUUCUCCUCCUUCAGUUGCUCCCCCAGAGGAGAAGAAACCAUUUGCACCAGAACCAAAGCCUUCACCUCCUCCUGCUCCUGCUCAGAAAGUUGCACCUCCUGCUCAGAAGGUUUCUCCUCCUGCAGUAUCUGCCCCAGAGGAGAAGAAACCAUCUGCUCCUGCACCAAAGCCUUCACCUCCUGCUGUGUCUCCUGCUCAGAAAUUUGCACCUCCUGCAGAGGAGAAGAAAGCAUCAGGACCAGAACCAAAGCCUUCAGCUCCUGCUCCUCCUGCAGGUAGCUCUGUCUCUGAAGAAAAGAAACCAUCUCCACCAGCAACAAAGCCACCAGCAGAGAAGGUGGUAUCUGCUGCAGCUCAUGUUGCUCCAGUGGAGAAGAAACCGUCACCACCUGCCUUAAAGGCUGAACCCUCGCCUGUAUCAGAGGAAGUCUCUAAACCUGAAGACAAAGAACCUGUUUCUGCACCUGGACCGACUAAAGAUGGAAAACCAUCGGAGGAGACACCUAAAGGCCGAGGCCGAGGAUUUGGGGCGAGACAAACGCCGUCUCCUGGUGAUGGUGGCCGUGGCCGUGGACUGAAACCUGGUGGAAAAGGUCCAUCACCGCCAGAGGAACCAUUUGGAGGAUUCAAGCUCAAAGCUGUUCCUCUGAAGUUCAUCAAGAAGCUCCAGGACAUCGUGCUGCAGGAGGCCGAGUCCAUCGGCUCAGCGGCUGUGUUUGAAUGUGAGGUCUCGCCCUCCACCGCCAUCACCUCGUGGAUGAAAGAUGGCAGCAACCUGCGCGAGAGCCCCAAACACAAGUUCACCUCUGACGGCAAAGAUCGCAAGUUGAACAUUAUUGAUGUGCAGCUGUCUGACACUGGAGAAUACACCUGUGUGGCCAAGAACGCUGGGAAGGAGGUCUCCUGCACGGCCAAGCUCAUUGUUGAAGAGCUGCCGGUGAAGUGGUUGAAGGAACUGGAACCGGAGGCGUCCUGUAUGAAGGGUCAACCCUUGUACCUGACCUGUGAGCUGAACAAAGAGAGAGACGUAGUCUGGAAACACAACGGAGCUGUCGUGAAGAAACAGGCAGGAAAAGUGGCCAUCAACGUGAUCGGCCUGCAGCACGCUGUGACCAUCCAGAACUCCACAGAUGAUGAUGCCGGAGUCUACACCUGUGAGGUGGAGGGACAGGAGGAUGUCAAGACUACAACCGAUGUUAAAGUGAUCGAAAUCAUCAAGGACUGGCUGGUGAAGCCUCUGAGAGACCAGCAUGUCAAACCUAAGGCCAAGGCCACGUUUAAGUGUGAGCUGUUCAAGGACACCCCCAACUGGAAGUGGUUCAAAGGAGAGAACGAGUUGGCUCCAUCCGACAAGGUGGAGAUCAUCAAAGAUGGGAAAGACAUGACGCUGACCAUCAAGAACUGCCAGCCAGACGAUGUGUCCGACUACACCAUCGAGGUGGAGGAUCGGAGAUACACGGCCAAGCUGACUCUCGGAGAGCGUGAGGCUGAGAUCCUGAAGCCGCUCUCCAGCGUGGAGGUGAUUGAGAAGGAGGAAGCCAGCUUUGACACUGAGAUAUCCGAGGAUGACGUAGUUGGUGAAUGGAAGUUGAGAGGCCAAGUGUUGACGAGGUCCCCGACCUGUGACAUUAAGGCUGAGGGCAGGAAGCGUUUCCUGACGCUGAAGAACGUCCAGCUGGAUCAGGCUGGUGAAGUGUCGUACCAGGCUCUGAACGCAAUCACGAGCGCCGUGCUCACCGUCAAAGAAAUCGAAAUGGGCUUUGUUGAGCACCUGAAGGACAUUUCAGUGCCUGAGAAGAAACAGGCUAAGUUUGAAUGCUCCAUCACCAAGGAUGUGCCAAAAGUGCUGUGGUACCGGGGUGCAGAGAUUGUCACCCCGAGCCCUAAAUAUGAAAUCAUUGAUGAUGGAAAGAAACACAUGCUGAUCAUUAACAGCUGUGAGUUUGACGAUGAGGCUCACUACACCAUCGAGGUGUUGGGCCAGAAAUCAACGGCUCAGCUGGCGGUGGAAGGCAUGAGGCUCAAAUUUGUCCAGAUGCUUCAGGACCAAACAGUGAAAGAAGGUAACACGGUACGAUUUGAUCUCGAACUGAGUCACGAGAACGUGCCGGUGGUUUGGUACCGAAACGAAGUCAAGCUUCACGUGAGCCGAACAGUGGUGACGCAUGUGGAAGGAAAGAAACAUUCUCUAGAAAUGAGGAUGUUGACACUAGAUGAUACGUGUCAGAUUAAAGCAGAGGCCAAAGGGAUUUACUCCACGGCCAAACUCACGGUUAUAGAGGGUGACGCCGUCUUCGUGGUGAAGCUGCAGGAUUACACGGCCACAGAGAAGGACGAGGUGACACUGGACUGUGAGCUGAGCAAAGACGUCCCUGUCAUCUGGUACCAUGAAGACAAGGAAGUCACCGCCUCCAAGAUGGUGGUCAUGAGGUCGGAGGGAACUCACAGGUCUCUAGUCCUAAAGAAGGUGGAGGAGAGCGACAAAGGCAAAUAUGUAUGUGACUGUGGAACUGACAAGACUUCAGCCACCAUCAACAUUGAAGCUCGUGACAUCAAGGUGGUCCGGCCGAUCUAUGGCGUGGAGCUGUUUGAUGGAGAGACAGCUCGAUUCGAGGUGGAGAUCUCUGAGGACGACGUCCACGGCCAGUGGAAGCUGAACGGAGAACCCCUCAGUCCUUCCUCCGACGUGGACAUCAUCGAGGAAGGAGGGAAGCAUACUCUCAUCCUCUACAACUGUAAAGUGUCCAUGACCGGAGAGGUGUCGUAUGCUGCCGCUAACGCCAAGUGUUCUGCCAACCUGAAGGUCAAAGAACUUCCUCUGAACUUCCUGACGCCACUGAGCGACGUUCAAGUGUACGAGAAGGACGAGGCGAGGUUUGAAAUUGAGGUGUCCAGAACUCUAAAGAGUUUCCGCUGGCUGAAAGGCUCACAGGAGCUGCAGAGCGACGACAAGUAUGAAAUGAUCCAGGAAGGAAAAAUGUACAUUCUGGUGAUUCGAUCGGCCGCCUAUGAGGACGAGGCCAAGUACAUGUUUGAGGCCGAGGACAAGAGGACGACUGGCAAGCUCAUCAUUCAAGGUAUCCGCCUGGAAUUCGUCAAACCGAUAAAGGACGUGACAGUGAAGGAGCGCGAAACGGCUGAAUUCAGCGUUGAACUCUCUCAUGAAAAGAUCCCAGUGGUUUGGUAUAGAAACGACAUCCGUCUGCACCCCAGCAAGGUGGUGCACAUGUCGGACCAUGGGAAGGUCCACACCCUGGCCUUCAAGGAGGUCACUAUCGACGACACCUCCAUGAUCAAAGUGGAGGCCAUGGACAAGACGGCAACCGCCAUGCUCACCGUCAUUGAGGGCGACCUGUAUUUCACCACCAAACUGCAGAACUACACAGCGGUGGAGAAGGACGAGGUGAAGCUGGUCUGUGAACUGAGCAAGGCUGUAGCCGACGUCAAAUGGUUUAAAGAUGGGAAGGAGAUCACUCCCUCCAAGAACAUCGCCAUCAGCACCGAUGGCAAGAAGCGCAUCCUGAUGGUCAGGAAGGCAGAGAAGGCAAACAUCGGCGAAUACACCUGUGACUGUGGCUCGGACAAAACCACAGCGAAUCUUAACAUUGAAGAGCGCGACAUCAAGGUGGUUCGUCCUUUGUACAGUGUUGAGGUAACGGAGACGGAGACAGCCAAGUUUGAGACAGAGAUUUCUGAAGAGGAUGUUCAUGGAAACUGGAAGCUGAAGGGAGAAGCUCUGCACCAGUCUCCGGAUGUGGAGAUCAAGGAGGAAGGAACCAAACACGUGCUGAUCCUCUAUAAUGUUCGCCUGGACAUGGCAGGAGGUGUCGACUUCUCAGCCGCCAACGCCAAGUCCAACGCUCAGCUCAGAGUGAAAUCUCGGUCCAUCGGGUUGAUGCGUCCUCUGAAUGAUGUCACCGUGACGGCUGGAGAAACAGCGACCUUUGAAUGUGAGCUGUCGUAUGAAGGGAUCUCCGUGGAGUGGUUCCUGGGAGGACAGAAGAUGGAGGCCAGCGACCGGGUGAAGACUCGGAUCGCGGGUCGAGUUCAUGCUCUGACCAUCAGAGACGUGAAGCUGACAGAGGCCGGCGAUGUCAAACUGACGUCCAAAGACUUCCAGACUCAGGCUCAGCUGAUUGUCAGAGAGCCUCCGGUGGAGUUCACUAAGCCUCUGGAGGACCAGACGGUGGAGGAGGAAGCCACGGCAACGCUGGAGUGUGAAGUCUCCAGAGAGAACGCGGAGGUCCGAUGGUUCAGAGAAGGUCAGGAGAUCAGGAAGACCAAGAAGUAUGACACCGUCACUGAUGGACGCAAGAGAGCACUUGUCAUCCACGACUGCACCCCUGAUGACGCCAAGCUGUACACCUGUGACGCCAAAGAGUUCAAGACUUCCUGUUUCCUGGAGGUUCUACCUCCUCAUGUGGAGUUUACCAAGCCUCUGCAAGAUGUGGAGGUCAGAGAGAAGGAGUCUGCUAAGUUUGAAUGUGAGGUGUCCCGUGAGUCUGCCAAGGUUCGCUGGUUCAAAGAUGGCAGUGAGAUCAGGAAAGGGAAGAAGUAUGAGAUCAUUGCUAAAGGAGUCCAGAGGAUCCUCAUUGUCCACAAGUCUGUGUUUGACGAUGAGGCCGAGUACGAAUGCGAUGCUAGGACUUCCAAGAGCUCCGGCAUGCUUACCGUCAUUGAGGAGGCACCCAGCUUCACCAAGAACCUGUCCAACGUGGAAGGGAUGGAGACGGACAGUGUGAAGCUGAUCUGUGAGGUGUCCAAACCCAGCGCCGACGUUACCUGGUACAAAGGAGACGAGGAGCUUCCGGAGGGAGGACGCUUUGACCAGAUCGUAGAUGGACGCAAGAGGAUCCUAAUCAUCCAGGACCUGAGGAUGGAUGAUGCCGGAGAGUACAACUGCAGGCUGAGUCCCACUGUCAGGACGUCCGCCACUCUCAAACUCAAUGAGCUUGCGGCGGAGUUCAUCGCCCGUCCUCAGAACCAGGAGGUGGUGGAGGGUGAGAAGGCUGAGUUCGCCUGUUCAGUGUCCAAAGACACCUACGAAGUGAAAUGGUUCAGAGGGGACAAGGAGGUCGAAGCCGGAGACAAGUACACCAUCAUCAGCGAAGGAAAGAGACGAGCUCUUGUUGUGAAAAACUGUGAGCUGAAGGAUGAGGGAGGCUACGUUGCCCACAUCGGCAGCGUCAAAGCCUCGGCUGAUCUGUAUGUGAUAGAAAAACUCAGGAUCAUCACACCGAUUAGAGACACAGAGGUGAAAGAAGGAAGUGAGAUUGUGUUCAAUUGUGAGACAAAUGCAGAGGGAGCGAAGGCCAAGUGGCUGAAGAACGAGGAGACCAUUUUUGAGAGCAGCAAGUACAUGAUGACUCAGAGGGACAACGUCUUUUCUCUGAGGAUCAAAGACGCCCAGAAAGGAGAUGAGGCCAACUACAGCAUCAACCUGACCAAUCAGAGAGGAGAGCAGGCCAAGAGCAGCGCCAGCGCCAGAGUCGCAGAGGAGAAGCUGAAGUUCCUGGAUCCCAUCGAGGACAUUGAGACUCAGGAAAAGAAGACUAUCAGCUUCGUUUGUAAGGUGAACCGGCCCGAGGUGACGGUGAGGUGGAUGAAGGCUGACGUGGAGGUGAUGCUCAGCAAACGCAUUGUCUACAGAGCCGACGGCCUAAAACACACCCUGACCAUCAAGGACUGCAUCAUGGAGGACGAGGGCGAGUACACCGCUGUAGUCGGAGACGACAAGUGUGCGGCCGAGCUAAUCAUCAGCGAGGCGCCGACCGACUUCACAGCGCAUCUCAAAGACCAGACCAUCACUGAGUUUGAGGAUGCAGAGUUCACCUGCAAGCUGAGCAAAGAGAAGGCUGCUGUCAAGUGGUACAGAAACGGACGAGAGAUUAGAGAAGGACCGAGAUAUCACAUGGAAAAAGAAGGCAAGACAUGCAGACUGAUCAUCAAGGUGUGCAGACCUGAUGAUGAAUGUGAAUAUGCCUGUGGUGUGGAUGAACGGAGAACCAGAGCCAGACUCUUUGUUGAAGAGACCCCGGUGGAGAUCAUCAGACCUCCUCAGGACGCCUUCGAACCUCCAGGCUCGGACAUUGUGUUUGAGGUGGAGCUAAAUAAGGACCGAGUGGAAGUGAAGUGGAUGAGAAACAACAUGAUCAUUGUCCAGGGCGACAAAUACCAGAUGAUCAGUGAGGGCAAAACCCACAGGCUGCAGGUCUGUGAGAUCAGACCCAGAGACCAGGGAGAGUACAGGAUCGUGGCCAAAGACAAAGAUGCCCGAGCCAAGCUGGAGCUGGCAGCGGUCCCAAAAAUCAAAACCACCGACCAGAAUCUGGUGACUGAUGCCGGGAAACCAUUCGUCAUGGGUGUACCCUACGAUGCUUACCCCCGCGCGGACGCUGAAUGGUCCUUUGAGGGUACUAUUCUGCCCGUCCAGAACAUCGACACCUCCGCCGACAAGACCGAGUACCGCCUAAAGAGCCCGAGCAAGGAGGACCGGGGCCGGUACAAGGUGGUCAUCAAGAACAAGCACGGCGAAGGAGAGGCGUUCAUCAACCUGGAUGUGAUCGACGUUCCCGGACCCGUGAAGAACCUGAGAGUGGUCGAUACUGCUGAUGGGGAGGUCAGUUUGGCCUGGGACGAGCCUGAGAGCGAUGGCGGCAGCAAGAUUGUUGCCUAUGUGGUGGAAAGACGUGAUGUCAAACGUAAGACCUGGACUCUGGCCACAGACCGAGCUGAUACUCCAGAGUACUGCGUCAGCGGCCUUCAGAAGGAAUCCAUGUACCUGUUCAGAGUCUGUGCCCGGAACAGAGUCGGCAGCGGACCCAUCGUUGCCACUGAGGAUGCUGUUCAGGCCAAGAACAAGUUUGAUGUUCCAGACGCUCCAGAGAACGUCGCUGUAGCUUCGGUGAGCAAGUUUGGCGCCACCGUCACCUGGGAGCCUCCCAAGUUUGAUGGCGGCUCAGAGAUUACUGCCUACGUGAUCGAGCUCCGCGACAGGACGUCUGUGAAGUGGGAGGCGGCAAUGGUGUGCGGCGUGAGCGACCGCUCUGCUUCCUUGAAUGACGUGGUGGAGAAUAAGGAGUACAUCUUCAGGGUCCGAGCAGAGAACAAGGCCGGCAUCGGCAGGCCCAGUGCCGCCACCAACCCCGUCAAGAUCAUGGAUCCCAUCGAGAGGCCGAGUCCACCUCUAAACCUGAACUACAGCGACCAAAUCAAGACAGCGGUGACACUGACCUGGGAGACGCCCACUAGCAACGGUGGCAGCAUGAUCACCGGCUACAUCAUCGAGAAAUGUGAUGAGGGCUCCGACAAGUGGCUGCGCUGCAACGCCAGGCUGUGUCCUGACCUCUCCUACCGGGUGUCUGGUUUGAAACCUGGUCAGAAGUACUUCUACAGAGUUUGUGCUGAGAAUGCUGCUGGUGUCUCGGAUCCAGCUGAGCAGCUCGGACCUCUGAUAGCUGACGACCCCCAUGUUGGUCCGACCUUCGACCUGAGUGGAUUCAGGAAUGGCCUGGAGGUCAUUGUCCCUCAGCCUCUCACCAUCAAAGUCCCCAUCACUGGGUACCCAACCCCCGUGGCCAAGUGGACAUUUGGGGAGAAGGAACUGACCACGGCGGAUGAGCGUGUCUCCAUGGUAACCAAACCCACCUACACUGAGCUGACGGUGUCGCCGAGCGUCCGUCCAGACAAAGGCACCUACACCCUGCAGCUGGAGAAUGACGUCACAUCUGUCUCUGGAGAGAUCGAAGUCAAUGUCAUCGCAUGCCCCAGUGCUCCUAAGGACUUUAAGGUGGCCGAGGUGACCCGACAUCACGUCCACCUGAUGUGGGAAACUCCAGAGCACGACGGAGGAAGUCCAGUCACCCACUACCAGAUAGAAAAGAGAGAGGUGUCUCGCAAGACCUGGGCCAAGGUGGCUGCUGGUGUCCUGGACCUGGAGCACACAGUAGCAGAUGUGAUUGAAGGGAAAGAGUAUCUAUUCAGUGUCAUCGCCUGCAACAAGUGUGGACCUGGAGAGCCGGCGUACAUCGACGAGCCCGUCAACGUCUCUUCUCCUGCCACUGUACCCGAUCCUCCUGAGAACCUUAAGUGGCGUGAUAAGAGUGCCAAGAGCAUCUUCCUUUCCUGGGAGCCUCCAAAAUAUGAUGGCGGUGCCCCCAUCAAAGGCUACGUGGUGGACAAGUGUCAGCGUGGUACAGACAAAUGGGAACCCUGCGGUGACCCCCUGCCUGAACUGAAAUUCCAGGUGACUGGCCUGAUCGAGGGUCAGUGGUAUGCCUACAGAGUCAGAGCAUUCAACAAGUUGGGAGCCGGCCGACCCUGUAGGGCCACUGAUGAGAUCCAAGCUGUGGAUGCUAGAGAACCUCCUGAGAUCCAGCUGGAUGUGAAGCUGCUUGCUGGUCUGACUGCCAGAGCCGGCACCAAGAUCGAGCUUCCGGCCGACGUCAAAGGAAAACCUGAUCCCAGGGUGAAGUGGACCAAGGCUGACCUGGUCCUGAAGGCAGAAGAUCGUAUCACCAUCGACACCCAGCCAGGACACUCCAAGCUCUCCAUCAGCAACACCACCAGAGGCGACACAGCAACCUACAUCAUUGAGGCGGUCAACACGUGUGGACGAGCCACGGCCACUGUUGACGUCAACAUCCUCGAUAAACCUGGACCUCCAGCUGCCUUUGAUAUUUCCGAGAUCACUAACGAGUCCUGCUUCCUGGCCUGGAACCCUCCCAGAGACGAUGGUGGCUCGCCCAUCACCAACUACAUUGUGGAGAGUCGUCAGAUGGACAAAGAGGAGUGGGUGAAGCUGUCAGCCACGGUGAAACACACCACCUUCAAAGCCUGCAAGCUCACACCUCUGAAGGAGUACGUCUUUAGGAUCAGUGCUGAGAACCAGUAUGGCAUUGGUGAACCUGCAGAGCACACUCCCAUCAUUGCGAAGUACUCCUUUGAUCCUCCCGGUCCUCCAACCAGAGUCACUCCCUCUGACAUCGCUAAGGAUGCCGUGACUCUGACCUGGUUUGAGCCUGAUGAGGACGGCGGCAGUCCCAUCACUGGAUACUGGAUUGAGAAGUUUGAUCCAGAGAGCGAUAAGUGGAUCAGAUGCAACAAACUGCCCAUCAAGGACACAACUUUCAGGGUAAAGGGACUCCCCACCAAGAAGAAGUACCGUUUCCGUGUUCUGGCUGAAAAUCUGGCUGGACCAGGAAAACCGAGCGCAGAGACCGAUCCUGUCCUCAUUAAAGAUCCCAUUGAUCCUCCAUGGGCUCCUGGUAAACCCGUCAUCAGGGAUGUUGGCAAGACUAUGGCUUUGUUGGCCUGGACUCGUCCGGAGCAUGAUGGCGGGGCAAAGAUCGAAGGCUACAUCAUUGAGUUCCAGAAGACUGGAAGCGAGGAAUGGAUCCGGAUUGCUGAGGACGUUCCUCAGACUGAGCAUCAGUUGCAGGGUCUGAUGGAGAAGCAGGAGUACUCGUUCAGAGUCAAGGCCGUCAACAAGGCUGGGGAAAGUGAACCCAGCGAGCCCAGUGACCCCGUGGUCUGCAAGGAGAGACUUUACCCUCCAUCAGCUCCUCAGUGGCUGGAGGUGACCAACAUCACCAAGACCAACGCUGACCUGAAGUGGCAGGCACCCAGCAGUGACGGAGGGUCCCCCAUCACCAACUAUGUAGUGGAGAAGAGAGACGUGAGGCGGAAGGCUUGGCAGACCGUGGACACCACCAUCAAAGAGCUGAAGUACACCGUGACUCCUCUCAACGAAGGGUCGCUGUACGUGUUCAGAGUUGCUGCCGAGAAUGCCGUCGGGAUGGGUGAAUUCUGCGAGCUGGAGGACGCCGUGCUCGCCAAGGACACGUUCACAACCCCUGGUCCUCCUUACGCCCUAACGGUGGUGGAGGUCACUAAGAGACAUGUGGACCUGAAGUGGGAACCUCCAAAUAGUAAUGGUGGAAGACCCAUAACGAAGUAUGUGAUUGAGAAGAAAGAAAAGAUGGGAACUCGUUGGCUGAAAUGCUGCAAGACUCCGGACAAACAGACUCAGUUCAAGGUAACGGACGUGGAUGAAGGUUCAGAGGUUCAGUUCCAGGUCAGAGCAGAGAAUGAAGCUGGGGUUGGAGAGCCAAGUGAACCCACCGUGUUCCUCACCAUCGAGGAUGCAACAAGUGCUCCAUCUCCUCCUCUGGAAGUGGCUAUCCCUGAUGCCAGCAGGGAGCACAUUAGUGUCACUUGGAAGCCUCCAGCCAAGGACGGCGGCUGCCCCAUCACUGGCUACCACGUUGAGGUGGCGGAGGCUCGUCCAGAGCUUAAGUGGCUCAGGGUCAACAACAGACCCAUCAAGGAGCUGCAGUUCAGGAUUGAUGAUGGAAUCAAACCAGAGAAGAAGUACGUGAUCAGGGUUCGUGCCAUCAACUCUGUGGGCGUCAGUGAUCCCUCUGAAAUGUCUGACAAAGUCGCCACCAAGGAUCCAGACUGCGCUCCAACCAUGGAUUUGGAGGCACAGGAUGUAGUCGUGGUUGAGGGUGAGAAGCUGCACCUCAACAUCCCAUACAGAGCAAUCCCAACACCCAAGAUGGUUUGGCAGAAGGACACAGUGGAGUGUAAGGCUGAGGACCGACUCGCCAUGACGGUGGAGAUGAACAGCGCUCACCUGGAGCUCCUCAAAUGCACGCGGGCAGAUGCUGGAGCCUAUGUCAUCACCCUGGAGAACAGUCUGGGAACUGCCACUGGGACCAUUAAUGUCAAAGUCAUCGGAAUCCCCGGUCAGUGUAAGGACAUAACCUCCAGCGAUGUCACCAAGAACUCCUGUAAGAUCAGCUGGGAAGCUCCAGAAGACGACGGCGGCACUCCGAUUGUCAGCUAUACCCUGGAGCGGCGUGAGGUGUCCAAGAAAACCUACGUUCCGGUCAUGUCGGGGGAGAACGUGCUGAGCUGCACCGUUAAAGACCUGUACGUCAACUGCGAGUACAACUUCCGGGUCAAGGCUGUCAAUAAGGUUGGGGCAGGAGAAUACCUGGAACUACGCAACCCGGUCAUUACAGAGGAAGUCAAGCAGAAACCAGACCCACCCAUCCAGGUGGAGGCUCAGGACCCAACAUCAAAGUCUAUCACGGUCACCUGGAAGGCUCCGGACUACGAUGGUGGCUGCCCCAUCCAAGGCUACAUCGUGGAGAAGAUUGAGAAGGACGGUGACCGCUAUGAGCGUGUCACUCCGAACCUGGUCCCUGGUUUCUCUUUCGUGGUCAUGGGCCUGAAGGAGGACAUGGAGUACCAGUUCAGGGUCCGAGCCGAGAAUGCUGCUGGAGUCAGUGAGCCUUCACGCAGCAGCCAGCCCAUGAAGGCUGCAGACCCUAUCGAAAAGCCAAAGGUCACCCUGCAUGCUCGUGUGCAGUCCGGCGUAUGUGUGAAGAAGGGAGAGGAGAUCCGCAUCGACGCCUUCAUCUCCGGCUCCCCGUAUCCUAAAGUCACCUGGUUGAGGAACGAUGAGGACGUGACCAAAGAACCGACCAAGAAGAUCGUACCUGUGGUCCAUAAGAAGAAGACCAAGUCCAGGAUUCCAGAACCAGAGGAGGAGUUUGUGACUCCCAUGAGAGAGCGUCUGGGUCUGGACCAGACCAAGAGGGGUGAGUCUGCUCUGAUGGUCCGUGAUGCCGUCAGAAGUGACCACGGUGACUUCAUCAUCAUGGUGGAGAACACUCACGGCGUCGCCACUGCCUGCUGCAAUGUAAACGUCCUAGACAAACCUGGGCCUCCGAUCAACUUCACCUUUGAUGAGAUCCGGAACACCUCGGUCAUCUGUAACUGGGAGCCUCCCGAGGACGACGGCGGCAGUGAAAUCUUGAACUACAUCCUGGAGAAGAAGGACAACAAGAACGACGAGAUCGGUUGGAUCACCAUUACCUCCACCCUGAAGGGCACCAGCUUCCCUGUCACCAAGCUCAUCGAAGGGAAAGAGUACAUCUUCAAAGUCACCGCUGAGAACAAGUAUGGCUGCGGCCCGGCAUGCAUCUCCGAGCCACUGCUUGCCAAGAACCAGUUCAAUCCUCCCGACGCCCCCAACACCCCCAGAGUCCACGAGGUGACAGCAAGCACCGUCCACAUCUCUUGGCAUGAGCCAAAGGACAACGGCAGCCCCAUCCUGGGCUACUGGAUCGAGAGGAAGGAGGUGAACAGCAAACACUGGACCAGAGUCAACAGAGCCCUGCUCAACUCCCUGGAUGUGAAGGUCACCGGGCUCAUGGAGGGACUCACCUAUAUCUUCAGAGUGUGUGCUGAGAACCUGGCUGGCCCCGGGCCCUUCAGCGAGCCCACCGACCGCAUCAUCGCCAUGGACGCCAUCCUGCCUCCUGGCCCCCCCGCUCCUUGGAUCGUGGACACUGGAAAGGACUCAGUCAUCGUGGCUUGGAAGCCCCCCCUGUAUAACGGAGGAGGAGACAUCCUGGGAUACCAUUUGGAGAAGGUUCUGGCUGGAGAGAAGGAAUGGACUCGCAGCACCGAAUUCAGGUGUAAAGAGCUGACAUACACCGUGACCGGUCUCACCGAGGGAGCUGACUAUUACAUCCGGGUCAUCGCCGUCAAUGACGCUGGUCCUGGAGCCCCCGGCGUAACUGAACCCGUCACUGUCAAAGAGCCUCAAGAAUCUCCUGCUGUGGACUUUGAUGACUCGGUAAAGAACGGUGUCAUGAUCAAGGCCGGUGAGUCUCUAAGGCUUCCUGCUGUGGUGACCGGCCGACCCCAGCCGGAGGUCAAAUGGGCCAAAGACGAAGCUGAAAUCGACAAAGAGAGGAUGAUUGUGGAGACGGAGGGAAAGAACAGCACUUUGUUCAUUAAGAAGGCCGUGAGGGCCGACCAUGGAAAGUACCAGAUCACUGGCACCAACAGCAGUGGAACCAAGACGGCCGAGACAAGAGUGGACGUGAUGGACGUCCCCGGACCUGUGGUCGACUUGAAAACGGUCACCGUGACCAAGAAGAACAUUGUCCUGUCCUGGUCCGACCCCCUGGACAAUGGCGGCAGCGACAUCCUUGGCUAUGAGGUGCUGAGGAAGGAUGCUAAGAUGAAGCUCUUCCGGCAGCCCAUCGAGACAGCGUCCUGCAAGUGUGACAUCCAAGGCCUGCUGAGUGGCGAGGAGUAUGACUUUAGGGUUAUCGCCAGGAACAAAUAUGGUGAUGGAGCUCCAGCUGACCUGGGACCUAUCCUGGCUGAGGAUCCUAAAGGUACUCCAUCCGCCCCUGAGAAACUCCACUACACCGAUAGAAGCAAGAGCACCAUCACCCUGGCUUGGCAGCCACCUCGCACCGACGGCGGCAGCCCCAUCAGAGGCUACUACGUGGAGAAGAUGAGGUCCGACAGCACAGAGUUUGAAGUGGCCAACCGUAAGAUCUUCACCGAGUGCUGUGGUACCAUUGAGAACCUCUCAGAGAACCAGGAGUACCAGUUCCGAGUCAAAGCCACCAACGAGGUCGGUGAUGGAGAUCCGUCCAAACCAAUCACAGCCAGGAUCCAGGAUGACGAAAUCGCUCCAGUUAUCACCAUCCUGAAGUUCUUCAAGAGCAACAGCAUCAAUGUGAAGAAAGGAGCCGCCAUCGACAUCCCCGCCGAGGUCAGAGGACUUCCUCUGCCCACGCUGCAGUGGAUGAAGGAUGACGUGGUGAUUGAGACGCCGGACGAGGAGAAGAUGACGAUAGAGACAGAGGAGGUGAACCGUACGACCCUGAGGACAAAGAUCGCCAUCCCAGAGACCAUCAGACAGGACAAGGGCAACUACAAGCUUGUGGCUGAAAACUGCUAUGGCAAAGCUCACCAUGUUAUUUCAGUUGAGGUCCUGGACCGACCCCUUCCUCCGAGGAACAUUGUGGUCUCGGACAUCAAGGCCGACUCGUGCUACCUGACCUGGGAUGCCCCCGAAGACAACGGAGGCAGUGAGAUCACCAACUACAUCGUAGCGCGCAGAGACGCCAGCAAGAAGAAGUCUGACUUUGACGUCCUCACCAUCAACCUCAUCGACAGAAGAUACGGGGUCUACAAACUCGAUUUGAAUGGCUCCUAUCAGUUCAGGAUCAAAGCUGAAAACAAGUACGGUGUCAGUGAUGGCUGUGAUUCUGAGAAGGUCCAGCUGAGGGAUCCAUUCGGCCUCCCGGGACCUCCACGUAACCCCAAGAUCAUCGCCACCACGGCCACCACCAUGACCCUGACCUGGGAUCCCCCUCUGGACAAUGGUGGCUCCACCAUCCAGGGCUACUGGCUGGAGAAGAGGGAGCGUGGGGCAGUGUACUGGGGGCGCGUCAACAGAGCUCCUGUCACCAAACCAGCGGUGAAGGGUCUGCAGUACACCGUGCUAAGGCUCAUUGAAGGCAGUGAGUACCAGUUCAGGAUCGCAGCCUGCAACGCCGCUGGAGUUGGACCACACAGCGAGGCCAGCGAGUGCCGCUUUGCCAUGGAUCCAUGCAACCCUCCCAGCCCUCCUGGAUCCCCAGAGGUUAAAGACAAGACCAAGAGCAGCAUCACCCUCACAUGGAGUCCACCGGACAGAGAUGGUGGGAGCCCAGUCAAGGGUUACAUUGUUGAGGUUCAUGAGGAGGGCUCUCCUGAUUGGAGGAGGGUGAACCCUGCUGACAAGCUCCACCCAUCCACUGAGAUCACCGUCCCAGACCUGAAGGAGGGCAAGAAGUGCAAGUUCAGGAUAUACGCUGUGAACGCUGCUGGCAAUUCGGAGCCAGCAAAGACGGUCGACAUCCUGGUUCAGGACAUCUUGAUUGAGCCGACUCUGACUCUGGACCUGAGCGCUCAUGAUCUCUUGAACUGCAGAGCAGGAACCACCAUAAGGAUUCCUGCCACCGUCACCGGACGGCCAGUUCCUAAAGUCACCUGGACCUUCGAUGGAACUGCCGAGACAGAGAAGAAGAACGAACUGCACACACUGCCGAUCGACUCAGAGAUCCACUCUACCGACACCACCUCAGUGGUUGUCAUCCCAGAGAGCAAACUGAACCACAGUGGCCGGUACAUCAUCAACGCUGAGAGCCCGGCCGGACACAAAGUGCUUAAAGUCAGAGUCAACGUGCUCGACCUGCCUGGACCUCCCAGAGACCUGAAGGUGAGCGAUGUGACCCGAGGAACCUGCAGACUUUCCUGGAAACCUCCAGAGAGCGACGGAGGAGAGAGGGUGAAGAGCUACUUCAUUGAGAAGAAGACGGUCACAGGAAAAGCCUGGACCAAGGUGAACCCGGCCUGUGCUGCUCAGUCUCUGGUGGUUCCAGACCUGAUCGGUGGUGAGGAGUACCUGUUCCGAAUCCGUGCUGAGAACCGCUUCGGGUUUGGGCCAUACAUCGAGACCCUUGAUGGGACCAUGGCCAGAGAUCCCAUCCAUCCUCCCGAUCCUCCGACCAGGCUGAAGAUCCAGAGCGUUAGGAAGGGAACUGUAACUUUGACCUGGAAGGCUCCAAAGAACGACGGUGGUUCUCCCGUCACCCACUACAGCGUGGAUCUGCUCUGCUGGGACGCCAGUGGGACCCAGAAAGAGUCCUGGAGGAGGUGUAACAGGAGAGACGUGGAAACCACCAGCUUCAAGGUAGAGGACCUGACUGAGGGAGACGAGUACGAGUUUAGGGUGGUGGCUUACAACCAGGCUGGAGCCAGCCGACCAUCAUCCACCGCUGGACCCAUCAUCAUCCAAGAUCAGACCUGUGCCCCAUCCAUCGAGCUGCCAGAGUUCAUGGAGGUUGAGCAGGGCUCCGAUAUCAGCAUAGUGGCCAAACUCCGUGGCUGCCCAUUCCCAACGCUUACCUGGUACAAGGCUCCACCCCACAAGUCUGAUGACAAGGUGGAGGUUCAGUACGAUGAGCACAUCAACAAGAUUGUGUCUGACGACAGCUGCACACUGCUCAUCCAGCAGGGCAAACGCCCAGACACUGGCCUGUACACACUGGUGGCCUCCAACAGCCUCGGCAAGGCCUCCAAGGAAAUAAGGCUCAACGUACUCGGCCGUCCCGGUCCUCCCUCUGCUCCUAUUAAGUUUGAGGAGAUUGGACCUGAGAAGAUCACACUCUCUUGGCUGCCACCGAAGGAUGAUGGUGGCUCCAAAGUCACAAACUAUGUCAUCUGGAGGCGGGUGGCCAACAGGAAGACCUGGGUACCUGUCACCAAUGAGCCCAAAGAACGAAUCUGGACAGUGGAGAGCCUGAUGGAGGGACACGAGUACGUGUUCCGUAUCAUGGCCCAGAACAAAUAUGGAAUCGGAGAGCCCCUGGACAGCGAGCCCGAGGUCGCCAGACACCUCUACAAGACUCCUGGUCAGUGUGAGAAGCCGACAAUAACCAACAUCACCAUGGACUCCAUGACUGUUAACUGGGAGGAGCCAGAGGACGACGGUGGCAGCCCAAUUACCGGCUAUUGGCUGGAGCGCAAAGAGACGACUGGAAAGCGCUGGGCCCGUGUGACCCGGGACCCAAUCCGUCCCAUGGGCCUAGGCGAGUCGUUCGUGGUGAGCGGACUCGUUGAGGGGUCUCAGUACAUGUUCAGAGUCUCUGCAAUCAAUGCUGCAGGGCCAGGACUCGCCAGCCCACCCACAGACCCCAUCUUUGCCAGAGACCCAAUCUCCCCACCCUCUCCCCCAACCCCCAAGAUCUCUGAUUGGACAAAGUCCACUGUGGACCUGGAGUGGAUACCUCCUCUGAAGGACGGAGGCUCCAAGAUCAUUGGCUACUGGGUAGAGUACAAGGAGGAAGGCACUGAGGCUUGGGUCAAGGCUAAAGAGACUGAAAUCAGAGGCACACGGUUGGUGAUACCCAAUCUAAAGACCGGUGGUAAGUACCGGUUCAGGGUGAUCGCUUUCAACGCUGCUGGUAAUGGUGAACCAGGCGAAGUCCCAGAGGUGCUCGAGGUUAAUGACAGAACCAUUGCUCCUGAGGUCGACCUGGAUGCCUCUGUGAAGGAGAGGAUGGUGGUCCAUGCCGGCGGUGUCAUCCGAAUCAUUGCCUACGUGUCGGGCCAGCCAUCUCCUGAAAUCACUUGGACCAGAGAUGGAGCGGCGCUGCCUCCUGAGGCUAAAGUGGAGACAACAGUCAUCAGCUCUUCUCUUGUCAUCAAGCCCUGCACAAGGAGACAUGUCGGCGUCUACACGUUGACCGCCAAGAACCUUGGAGGGGAGAAGACCAAGAAUGUCACCGUGGAAGUUCUGGACGUUCCCGGGCCUGUAGGCAUCCCAUUUAUCGCAGAGAACCUGAGCAGUGACUCCUGCAAACUUAAUUGGUUCUUCCCUGAGAACGAUGGCGGUUCUCCCAUCAGCAACUAUGUCGUUGAGAAACGUGAGGCUGAGCGCAAAGCCUGGACCUCAGUCUCCUUCACUGCCAGCAGACAAAAUGCUAUUGUCCAAGGCCUCACAACUGGGAAGUCCUACUUCUUCAGAGUGGCCGCAGAGAAUGUCAUUGGCCUCGGACCCUUCAUGGAGACUGCAGCCGAGCUCAUCGUCAAGGAACCAAUAAGUGUACCGGACCGCCCAGAGGAUCUGGAGGUCACCAAGGUCACCAAGGAUCUGGUCAGCCUCACAUGGAAGGCGCCGAAGUUCGACGGUGGCUCAGAGAUCACCAUGUACAUCCUGGAGGCCCGUAUGAUCGGCAAAGACAAAUUUACCAGGUUGACAAAGGAGAAGCUGAUGGAGAGGAAGUACACUUGGGAUGGCCUGAGGGAGGGUGACACCUACGAGUUCAGGGUCCUCGCCGUCAACGAGGUUGGACCCGGCAAACCGUCAUUCUGCACCAAACCAAUUACCUGCAAGGAUGAGCUGGAGCCCCCAACCAUUGAGCUGGACUUCCGUGAUAAGAUCAUCAUCCGUGUGGGUGAGAGCUGUCUCCUGCAGGGCCGCUACACUGGCAAACCUUCUCCAUCUAUCAUGUGGUACAGAGAUGACGAGGAGCUGAAGGCCGACAAACACAUCAUGUUCAAGAACACGUUGACCACCAUGUCUCUGGGCUUGAUGAAGGCUGAGCGCGAGCACAGUGGCAGAUAUGUGGUGAUUGUGGAGAACAGUACUGGAUCCAGGAAGGGGGUCUGCAACGUCACAGUUGUGGACCGUCCUUCUCCUCCUGUUGGCCCAGUGGUGUUUGAGGAGGUGCACCGUGAGUACAUGGUGAUCUCCUGGAAGCCUCCUGUGGACAGCGGCGGUGUUGACGUCUCCAACUACAUCAUUGAGAAGAGAGAUGUCAACAGAGACAUCUGGACCACAGUAACAUCCGCAACAACAAAGACUACAUGCAAGAUUCCCAAACUGACAGAAGGCAGGGAGUACAUCAUGAGGAUCUCUGCUGAGAAUAUGUAUGGCAUCAGUGACCCUCUGGAGUCUGAGGAGAUGAGAGCCAAAGAUCUCUUCAGAGUCCCCGAGGCCCCUGAGAUGCCAACAGUCAGGGAGGUGUAUGCCACCAAUGCUCUGGUGCUGUGGAACAGGCCCCGUGAUGGCGGAAAGCCCAUCACCAACUACAUCCUGGAGAAGAAGGAGCCAACAGCCAAGAGGUGGUCCAGAGCCACCAGAGACCCACUGUACCCAGCUACCCAGUUCCGAGUCCAGGACCUGGUGGAGGGCUGCCAGUAUGAAUUCAGGGUGAUGGCUGAAAAUGAGCUGGGAACUGGAGAUCCCAGUGUCCCCUCCAAACCCAUCCUCGCCAAAGAUCCCAUUGUGCGCCCAAGCCCUCCAGUGACCCCCGAGGCCUACGAUAAGACUAAGGACUCUGUUAGCCUGAAGUGGCAGAUGCCCCGCCAUGACGGAAAGGGACGAAUCUUUGGCUACAUUGUUGAGUACCAGAAACCUGGUGCAGUGGACUGGGUUCAGGCCAAUGAAACCCCAGAGCAGUGCCCCGACCUCCACUAUGUGGUGACGGGCUUGGUCGAUGGACAGGAAUACACUUUCAGGAUCUUCACGGUGAAUGCUGCCGGCAGGUCGGACCCAUCCUACGUCAAACAAACCAUCAAAGUCCACGACAGACUGGAGGAGCCAGAGCUCCUGCUGGAUGCCAACAUGGCUCGUGAUCACCUGGCCAUGCUAGGCACUGACAUCACACUGAGUGCCACCAUUAAGGGCGUCCCAACACCCACCGUUAGCUGGAAGAAAAACGACGGAGAUGUUCCUUCUCACAUCACUGUCGCUGUUACAGCGACUGGCAGCAAGGUCUUUAUCCCCAAGUGUGUCCGCCCAGACUCUGGCAACUACACCAUCACUGUGGAGAAUCCUGCUGGAAAGAAAACAGCAACCGUUGCUGUGCUUGUGCUCAACAAACCCUCUCCUCCCAGAGACCUGGUGGUGUCUGAGGUGACCAGUGAGUCCGCCUACCUCACAUGGAAGGCUCCAGAGGAUAAUGGCGGCGCCAUCAUCUCCCACUAUGUUGUGCAAAAGAAGGACGUGGCCACAGAUCAGUGGGUGCCUGUCGCCCCAGCCAAUAAAAAGCUCAGUCUGAUGGCCAUGUACCUGAUGGAAGGAAUCCAGUACCUGUUCAGGGUGGCUGCUGAGAACCAGUUUGGCAGGAGUGACUUUGUUAUGACUAAGACGCCCAUCAAGGCUGUUGAUCCACUCUAUCCUCCCGGACCACCCAAGAACCUGCACCACACCGAUGCAGACAAGACAGAGGUGUGGUUGGCUUGGGAAUGGCCUGACCGCAAUGGUGGAAGUGAAAUUACCGGCUUCAUCGUGGAGCACCAGGAAGACGGCCAGACCGACUGGGUCACCUUCAAGACUGUGAGCAACAACCACAGCCAUGUCACUGGUCUGGAGGAAGGCAAGACCUAUCGUUUCAGGGUCAAAGCUCAGAACGCCAUCGGUGUGAGCCGUCCUGACACCAGUGUCCCUGUUACUUGCCAAGAGAAAACAUUGCCACCUACCAUUGAGGUUGAUGUGAAACUUAUUGAGGGACUUGUCGUCAAAGCUGGCAGCACUAUUGUUCUUCCAGCCAAGAUGACGGGUAUCCCCAUUCCCACUGCCAAAUGGCUGUCCGAUGGCAAAGAGAUCACAUCAGAGGGCCACUUUCACAUUGAGUCUGCUGGAUCCUCAACCAUUCUCAGUAUUCCCGAGUGCCAGAGAGGAGACACAGGAGAGUAUAUCCUCACCGUGUCCAAUCCUGCAGGCAGCAAGACUGUCGCCCUUCAUGUCACCGUGCUGGAUGUUCCAGGUCCCCCCAUUGGACCAGUCAAUAUCUUAGAGGUCACCCCUGAGUACAUGAUGAUCCAGUGGAGGGCACCCAAAGAUGACGGUGGUACGCCCAUCACCAACUACGUGGUGGAGAAGAAGGAUGUAAAGAAGCCAUGGGAGCCCUGGUCCGUUGUUAGUUCUGGCGGCACCAGCACCAAGGCCAAGGUGUCCAGACUGGAGAAGGGCCGUGAGUACAUAGUUCGUGUCCGUGCCGAAAACAAAAUUGGCAUUGGUGCUGGACUUGAAAGUCCUCCAACUAUUGCUAAGCACAUGUUCAACCCUCCUGGUCCGCCAGGCCUUCCAGAGUGUUCUGAUAUUACAGAGAAUGCAGUAACAGUAGAAUGGACACUUCCUGAAUAUGAUGGAGGAAGCCCCAUCAGUGGAUAUGUGGUUGAACGCAGAGAAAUGACAGGAAAGUGGAUCCGUGUUAACAAAACCCCAGUGCUGGACCUGAGAUACAGAGUCUCUGGCCUGUUUGAAGGCAACAGCUAUGAGUUCAGAGUGUUUGCUGAGAACAUUGCUGGUAUCAGCGAGCCUUCGCCAACCUCUGACCCCGUCAAGGCCACUCGUGCCAUCACUAAGCCUGGACCCCCUGGCAAUCCUAAGCUGAAGGAUUGGAGUAAGUCCUAUGCUGACAUCUGCUGGACCAAGCCAACAAGAGAUGGUGGCAGCCCCAUUCUGGGCUAUGUAGUUGAGGCUCAGAAAUCAGGAUCUGCCCAGUGGGACAGAAUCAACAAGGACCUCAUCAAGAUAUGUGCCUAUAGAGUACCAGGUCUCAUUGAAGGAUUGGAGUACAGAAUACGCAUCAGGGCCACCAACAAGGUUGGAGACAGUGAACCCAGGGAGUUGUCUGAGACCAUCUUGGCAAAGGACAUCCUGGUACCCCCUGAAGUUGUUGUUGAUGUGUCCUGCCGUGACUCACUGACAGUCAGGGCCGGUCAAAUCGUCAGUUUGAUCACUAAAGUGAAAGGCAGACCGGAUCCAGAAAUUACAUGGACAAAGGAUGCCAGAGCCAUAUCCCGAGAUAAGCGCACUGAGAUUAACAACAACUACCCUCUAUGUGAACUGGUCAUCAAUGAUGCUGUCAGGUCGGACUAUGGUAAAUAUGCCAUUGUUGCCAAGAACAGCAGUGGACAGGCACAGGCUACCAUUAUUGUCAAUGUCCUGGACACACCAGGACCUUGCCAGAAUCUGAAGGUGGCCUAUGUGACCAAGAACUCCUGCAUGGUGUCUUGGGAGAAUCCUGAAGACAACGGAGGCACAGAAAUCACUCAGUACAUUAUUGAAUGUCGCCAACCCAGCCAGAGAGGAUGGACCAUGAUCUCCAAUGACUGCACCAAGCGUCUGAUAAAGGCCCCUCUCACUGAGGGCUGUGAGUACUUCUUCCGUGUUAGUGCAGAGAACAAGAUUGGUGCUGGUCCAUCAACUGAGACCAAGGCACCUGUGCUGGCAGUUGAUCCCAUUGAGAAACCUGGUGAACCCAUUGACUUACAUAUCGCUGAAAUUGGCAAGACCUUCUGCUUCCUCAAGUGGAAGAAGCCUGACUACGAUGGCGGCAGCCGCAACCUGGCAUAUCACGUGGAAAAGAAACCAAAGGAGGCUGAAGAGUGGGAGAGACUUCACAAGGGGGCCAUCAAGGAAACUUACUUCAUGGCUGACAGGUGUAUUGAAAACCAGAUCUACCAGUUCAGAGUUCAAACUAAGAAUGAAGGAGGCGAGAGCAACUGGGUGACCACUGCUGAAGUUCUGGUUAAGGAACAACUGGUGGUGCCUGAGAUCAAGAUUAAACUAGAUGGAACGCUCAUUGUGAAGGCAGGAGACUCCAUUCCUAUAGAGGCAACAGUAAAGGGCAAACCCCAGCCUGAUGUCAAAUGGACCAAGGACGACAGGACAGAGGAGAUCAGAAAGGGCCCCAGGCUUCAGAUGGAAACUGGUGCAGACUUCUCUAAGCUGCUAAUCACUGGUUCUAGGCGCACUGACAGCGGCAAAUAUGUUGUUACUGCAUCUAAUAAUGCAGGAACCUGCAGUGCUCACGCAAAGGUCAAUGUUCUGGACAGGCCCGGCCCUGUCAGGGAUCUCAAGGUGUCUGGCAUCACUAUUGACAGGUGCCAUCUGGCCUGGGAAGUGCCGGAGGAUGACGGUGGCUGUGAUAUCUACAACUACAUUAUUGAGAAAUGUGAAACCAAAAGGGGAGUCUGGUCAGUCCACUCCAAUGCUGUCAUCACCAACAAAGCUAAUGUCACCCGCCUUAUUGAGGGUAAUGAGUAUAUUUUCAGAGUCCGAGCAGAGAAUAAGAUGGGUCCUGGACCUGCCGUACAGAGUGAGGCCAUUGUUGCUGGUACACAGUUCAGUGUACCUGAUGCUCCUGAAACACCAGAUGUGACCAAGAUUGCCAAGGAUGAAAUGACUGUGCAAUGGUCAGAGCCAGAGAAAGAUGGCGGAAAACCAAUAAUAGGAUAUUUGCUGGAAAAGAGAGAAGAGCAUGCUGUUAGGUGGUCUCCCGUCAACAAGGAUCCAGUCCCAGGAACUCGUUUUACAGUUUCCGGACUCCUGCCCCUCCAUGACUAUCAGUACAGAGUUAAGGCUGUGAAUGAAAUUGGUGUUGGCAGUCCAAGCAAGGCUUCUCGUGCCAUCACUGCUAAGGAUACAGUUGAGCCUCCUGCACCCCCUACCAACAUGAAGGUCUUGGACAGCACCAAAUCUACAGUCACCCUGGGCUGGAACAAGCCUGUUUCUGAUGGUGGAGCCCCUAUCAUUGGCUAUGUUGUGGAGAUGAGGGCGCAAGGAACCGCCAAGAAAGGAGAUGACGGCUGGAGGAGGUGCAACGUGGCAGCUCAGCUGGUCGUGUGUGAGUUCACAGUCACGAGUCUGGAUGAGAAACUUGUGUAUGAAUUCAGAGUGUCUGCUCAAAACCAGGUGGGCAUGAGCCUGCCCUGUGACCUGGAGGGUGCCGUCAUCCCCAAAGAAAUUCUAGAGGCACCAGAGAUUGACCUGGAUGCCAGCAUGAAGCAGGGGCUAACAGUGAGAGCCGGUUGUCCCAUCAGACUAUGUGCCACCAUCAGAGGAAGACCGCCUCCCAAAGUCACUUGGAGAAAGAUGGGUAUUGACAAUGUGGUCAGAAAGGGUAAAGUUGACCUCAUCGACACCAUGACCUUCCUAGUUAUUCCUGACAGCACUCGUGACGAUUCUGGCAAAUACUGCCUGACUCUGCGGAGCGUUGCAGGAGAGAAGGCUGUGUUUGUCACCGUUAAGGUUUUGGACACUCCUGGACCUGUGAUCAAUCUGGAAGCCACAGACAUUAAACAGACAUCAGCUAAGUUGUCCUGGAGUCCUCCAGAGAACAAUGGCGGCAGCGAAGUCACACAUUACAUUGUUGAGAAGCGUGAAAUAGACCGCAAGACGUGGGCGAUUGUCAAGGCUGAAGUUGCAUUGGACAAGAUUCCCUUCAAAGUCAACAAUUUGAUGCCAGGCACAGAGUACUAUUUCAGAGUCACAGCUGUCAAUGAGUAUGGGUCUGGAGUUCACAAAGUGACACCUACAUCCUAUCUGGCCUCUGAUCCUGUCAGCAAACCAGAUCCUUGUCAGAAAAUUGAAGUUCUGGAGAUCACUAAGAACAGCGCCAUGAUUGGCUGGGUGAAGCCCGAAAGAGAUGGUGGUGCAAAGAUUGAUGGUUACGUAAUUGAAUACAUCGAGGUCAAACCUCCUCCAGAGCCACCAGCACCUGUGGAGGUCGCUGAAGGAGAAGAAGCUCCUCUACCACCUCCACCUCCUCCAGUGGUAGAGGAAGAGGAGGAAGAACCUGAAAAGGAAGUGUGGAAUGCCUAUACCACAGUUAAAGGUUUGAGUAUUAGUGUCAGUGGCCUGAAGGAGGGCAAGAGGUAUAAGUUCAAAGUGGCUGCCAAGAACAUAAUGGGCAUGAGCUCAUUCACCGAGACCAGGGAGCCGAUCGAAAUCAAAGAACAGAUGUUGGAGCCAAAGAUCGUCAUGCCAGAGACAGUGAGCGCUAGAGCUGGAGCCAAGCUCAGAGUCGAGGCAGUGGUUUCAGGAAAACCCUCCCCGACUUGCAAGUGGAUGCGUGGUGAGGUCGCAGUGGUCCCAUCUAGCCGUCUGGCCGUUCACCAGUCCAGCAACAUGUGCGUCCUGAUCAUCAAAGAUGUGUCGAGGACUGACAGUGGAGAGUACAGCCUGGUGGCUGAGAACAGCUCCGCAAAGGUGUCUCAGUCCCUGAAGAUUGUCAUCAGAGACAUCCCUGGGCCUCCUGAAGGACCUGUGGAGAUCAGUGACAUUGAUUCAGAUGCUUGCUCCCUGUCCUGGAACAAACCACUGGAGGAUGGAGGCAGCAAUAUCACGAACUACGUGGUGGAAAAGUGUGACGUUAGUAGAGGUGACUGGGUGACAGCAGUCUCUUCCUGCUCAAAGACCAGUUGCAGGCUGGGAAAGCUUAUUCCUGGAAAGGAAUACGUUUUCCGCAUUCGUGCUGAGAACCGCUUUGGCGUGUCCGACCCUAUUCAGUCUGACAGGAUGGUUGCCAAGUUCCCCUUUGAUGUUCCUGGCGAGCCUCUCAAUUGCCGCAUCAACAAGACCAACAAAGAUUGUAUGUUUGUGGCCUGGGAUAAACCAGAGAAUGACGGUGGUAGUCCCAUCACAGGCUACUACAUCGAGCGUAAGGAGAGGAACAGUCUGUUGUGGGUGAAGGCCAACGACACUGUUGUCCGCACCACUGAGUAUCCAUGCGCUGGCCUCAUCGAGGGCCUGGAAUACACCUUCAGAGUGUCCGCCAUCAACCGGGCUGGCCAGGGAAAACCAAGCAAGAAGACUGACUUUGUCACUGCCAGAACACCCGUUGACACCCCAGGUAAACCUGAAAUCUUGGAUAUGACUAAGAACUCUGUGACUCUGGUUUGGGCCCGUCCCAAGAAUGACGGUGGAAGCAAGAUCAUUGGGUACUAUGUGGAGGCCAUGCGGGUGCCAGGAGACACUUGGAUUCGCUGUAACACCAGCAGCCAAAAUGUCCCAAGGGAAGAAUAUACAGUGACUGGCCUGGAGAGAGACCUGCAGUACCAGUUCAGAGUCAUCGCCAAAACUGCUGUCAAUAUGAGCAAACCCUCAGAGCCCACAGACCCUGUCCUGGUCUGUGCAGAGAAUGUUCCUCCCAGAGUGGAGCUCAACGCCAAGAUGCAAAAGGGUUUGAAGGUGAAAGCUGGAUCCACAAUCCUUCUUGAGGCUGAGGUGUUCGGUAAGCCCAUGCCUAGAGUGACCUGGAAGAGAGGCGACGAUAGUUUGAAGUCGGGUGAAGGCCAGGUCAUCACCCAUCAGAGGCAUCAGUUCCAGCUGGAGAUGACCAGUGUCACCAAGGAGCACACAGGAACCUACACCAUCUUGGCUGAGAACGCCAGUGGCUCCAAGACCGCAGAGAUCCAGGUCAACGUCCUGGAUGUGCCUGGACCUCCAGUCAGUUUCAAAUAUGUCGAGGUGUUUGCUACCAGCAUCAAGGUGUCCUGGGAGGCUCCUCAGAAGGAUGGUGGCGCCACGAUCAACAACUAUAUCGUGGAUAAGCGUGAAACCAGCAGAGCGAACUGGGCCCAAGUCUCUGCCAAGGUCAAGGGCAAUGUCUAUGAGUUCAACGUGGAGAAGCUUAUCGAGGGCCAUGAGUACCAGUUCCGAAUCCGUGCUGAGAACACAUGGGGAGUUGGAGACCCACUUGUCACCAGCCCUAUCAUUGCCAAAAAUCCAUUCACUGUGCCUGGUCCUUGCGAGGCCCCAGUGAUCACCAACAUCACCAAAGACCAUAUGACUGUGAGCUGGAAGGAACCUGCUGAUGAUGGAAAGUCCACCAUCCUGGGUUACAUGGUGGAAAAGAAAGAGACUAAGGAGAUGAACUGGGCGAAGCUGAACAGGAAGCCUAUGACUGAAAGGACCCUGGAAGUUGCUGGCCUCACAGAGGGAGUGGAGUAUGAGUUCAGAGUCAUUGCUGUUAACGUGGCAGGGCUUGGCGUACCCAGUGAACCCUCUGCUGGCACCGUUGCACAGAAUCCCAUCACCCCACCUGGACCUGUUGUGAAUCCCAAUGUGACCGACACCACCCGCAGUACCAUCAGCCUCACCUGGAAUGUCCCUGCCAACGAUGGUGGCAGCCCCAUUUUUGGAUACUUGGUGGAGUGCAAGAGGACAGACACCACAGACUGGAUCCGCUGCAACGUCCCCAGGAACCUGCAGGACACCAACUACACCAUCCAGAACCUCAUUGACAAGUCAGAGUACCAGUGCCGCAUCACUGCUGUCAACAAGGUUGGCUUUGGCGAGCCAGUUGAAGUACCUGGAAAUCAUGUUGCCAAGGACAUCAUUGUUGCACCUGAAGCAGACCUAAGUGCUGAGUUAAAGGAGGGCUUGGAGCUCCACGCAGGUACCACCAUGAGGCUGCAAGCUACCAUCAAGGGACAUCCCGUUCCCAAGGUUACCUGGGCAAAGAUGAACACCAAUAUCAAGGAUCGUCAAGGCAUCGUCAUCAAAUCCAGCAACGUUGACACCAUGGUAAUGGUGGAGAAGGUCAACAGAUAUGAUGCUGGCAAAUACAUCCUGAACCUGGAAAGCUUGGCUGGCAUGAAGAUGUACACCAUCGUCGUUAAAGUUUUUGACACUCCAGGACCACCAGUCAACCUGAUGGUGAAGGAGACUUCCAAGGACAGCGCCUCCAUCUACUGGGACGCUCCUCUGAUUAAUGGUGGCUAUGAAGUCACCCACUACAUUGUGGAGAAGCGUGACACUGAGAGAAAGGCCUGGUCGAUUGUCUCCAACAACUGCACCAAGGCAUCAUUCAAAGUUCCAGACUUGGAUGCUGGACGGUCCUACUGCUUCAGAGUGUCUGCAGUUAACCAACUCGGGGCAGGAGAGACAUGUGAGACUGCUGAUUCAGUCCGAGCAACAGAGGAGCCUGGGCCCGUCAUGGACUUCAAGACCUUGCUGGUUACCAAGGACUCUUGCACUCUAAGCUGGAAGAAACCUCUCACAGACGGUGGUAGCCGUAUCAUCUGCUACGUACUGGAGGUCCUCAACGGCGACGACAAGUACAAAGAGCUGAUGAGAUCUAAAAACAUGCAGUACAGUGCCAAGGACCUGGUGGAGGGCAAAGAGUACAACUACAGAGUCAAAGCCGUGAAUGAUUCAGGAGAGAGUUCUGCCAAGGAGCUGGCUGUGGUUGCCAAGGACCAGAUCAUUCAUCCCACCUGUGACUUGAGGGAGUUGCCCAACAUGUGCUACAUCGCCAAAGAGGGCAGCACCGUCCGUCUGAAGAUCCCAAUUAUUGGCAAACCUACGCCCAAGGUCUCCUGGAAGAAGGGAGAGGAUGAAGACCUAACAGACACUGGUCGAGUUUGCGCUGAAUCAUCUGCUGUCAACACCACGCUCUUGAUCAGGGACUGCCAGAGGACUGAUGCUUCCAAGUACACCAUCACCCUGAGAAACAGUGCUGGAACCAAGGAGUCCACCAUCUUCAUCAGGGUGGUGGGUAAACCUGGCAUUCCUGUUGGGCCCGUCAAGUUUAAAGACGUUACAGCUGACAGUGCUACACUGAGGUGGGGUACUCCCAAGGAUGAUGGUGGCUCAGAGAUCACCAACUACAUCCUAGAGAAGAGGGACUCUGUCACCAACAUGUGGGUGACGGUGUCCUCUACUGUGGAGACCAACACCAUGAUGGUGACUGGCCUCCAUGAGGGAACAGAAUAUAUCUUCAGAGUCUGUGCUGAGAACAAAUAUGGCGUUGGAGAGGGACUGAAGUCAGAGCCCAUUUUGGCAAAACAUCCAUUCAAUGUUCCUGAUGCUCCUGCUCCACCUCAGAUCAUGAGCAUGCGCCAUGACUCGGCUUACCUGGCCUGGUCUGAUCCCAGGAAGACUGGAGGAUCGCCCAUCACAGGCUACCAUGUUGAGUUCAAGGAGAGGAACAGUAUGUUGUGGAAGCGGGCAAGCCCAGCUGCCUUGAGGAUGAAGGAACACAAGGUCACUGGGUUGACUGAAGGUCUGGAAUACGAGUUCAGAGUCAUGGCAAUCAACCUGGCUGGCAUUGGCAGACCAAGCGCUCCGACCGAUCCUCAGGUGGCUCUGGACCCCAUUGAUGCACCUGGUAAACCCGACGUAAUCAGUAUCACCAGGAGUACUGUGACCCUCCAAUGGACUGAGCCACAGUUUGAUGGAGGCCACAGGCUAACUGGCUACAUUGUUGAGAAGCGAGACCUACCUUCAAAGAUCUGGGUGAAGGCCAACAAUGUGAAUGUUGUGGAGCCUGCAUUCACUGUCACCGACUUGCAGGAGGGCUGCAAGUAUGAGUUCAGGAUCAGGGCAAAGAAUGCUGCCGGCGCUCUCAGUCCACCAUCCGAGCAGACGGACACCAUCAUCUGCAGAGAUGAAUACGCUGCACCAACCAUUAUUAUUGACGCUCAAGUGAUGGAGGGCCUGACUGUCCGAGCUGGUGAUACUAUCGUCAUUACUGCCACAAGCAUUGUCGGAAAGCCUGCACCAACCUCAUGCUGGUCAAAGGGAGGGAAGUACUUCAAACCCUCUGACCUUGUUCAUAUUGAGACCACUGCAACAUCCUCCACUCUGUCCGUCAAAUAUGCUGGCAGGAAGGACUCUGGAGAGUACACCAUCACUGCCACCAACCCCUUUGGUGUCAAGGAGGAAACCGUCAAGGUCAAAGUUCUGGAUGUUCCUGGUGCUCCUGGACCCAUUGAAUGCAGUGGUGUCUGCUCUGAGAAGGUGACUCUUACCUGGACAGCUUCUACUGAGGAUGGAGGCUCCCCUAUCAAGUAUUACACCCUGGAAAAGAGGGAGACCAGCCGUCUGCUGUGGACUAUCCUAGAAGAGAAGGUCAUAGAUUGUCACUACGUCGCCACCAAGCUAAUCCAGGGCAAUGAAUACUUCUUCAGAGUCUCUGCUGUUAACCAGUAUGGCAGCAGUGAGCCGUCUCACUCCGAGGCAGUCAAGAUGGUCGAUAGAUUUGGUCCUCCUGGUCCACCAUCCAAACCAGAGGUUGAGAAAGUUGAUGGACAUUCAGCCACUGUGACCUGGAGAAGACCAGCUGAGGACGGAGGAAGUGACAUCAUAGGUUAUUGUGUUGAGAAGAAGGAAAAGAAAGGUGUUGGAUGGCUCAGAGCGUCCAAGAAAUCCAUUACUGAACUCAGCUAUGAAGUGACAGGUCUCACCGAGGGUGUAGAGUAUGAGUUCCGUGUACUUGCGGAAAACAAAGCUGGUUUUGGAGAACCAAGUGAACCAUCAAUGCCAGUCAGGACAAUAGUCAUCGCCUAUGUUCCUGGACCUCCAGUCAAUCCAAGAGUUACAGAUACAACCAAAACCACAGCCACUCUGAAUUGGGGAAAACCUCUUGAUAAUGGAGGACUUGAAGUUACUGGAUAUGUGAUUGAGCACAAGAAGGAAGGUCAAGAAGAAUGGGUAAAGGAUACCCCUUCCACCCCACUUAGGAUCACAGAGUUUGUUGUCCCUGGGCUGGAGGCUGGUGCCAAAUACCACUUUAGAAUUAGUGCUGUUAACGCUAAGGGUGCAGGAGAACCAGCUGAAACUCAGGAACUGGUUGAGAUUGUGGAGCGUGCAGCUGAACCUGAUCUGGAGUUGGAUGUUGAGCUGAGAAGAACCCUAGUUGUCAGAGCUGGCUGCUCAAUUCGUCUCUUUGUGCCAAUCAAAGGACGCCCUGCACCUGCAGUCACCUGGACCAAGGAGGGUGGCCCAGUUACACGUGCAGUCAUCGACAGCACUGAAUCAUUUACAAUGCUGAUUAUCCCUGAGAGUUCAAGGAUUGAUGCGGGCAAAUAUGAGCUUACCCUGGAAAACUCAGCUGGAAAAAAGAGUGCUGAUAUACACGUUAGGGUCCUGGAUUCACCUGGACCCCCAAUCAACCUAAAACCAGUCAAGAUUGACAAGGAAAGCAUUACACUACAAUGGGAGAUGCCUCUCAUUGAUGGUGGAUCCAAGAUCACAAACUACAUAAUUGAGAAGAGAGAAUCUACACGCAAGGCUUUUGCUACUGCUGUUACAAAUUGCAGAGCCACAUCUGUCAGAAUUGGUGACCUGGGUGAAGGCUGUGAAUACUACUUCAGAGUGUCUGCAGAGAAUGAGUAUGGCAUUGGUGAGGCAGUUGAAACUGCUGAUCCGAUCCGUGCAUCCCAGACACCAACUGCUCCAGAGAGCAUCAUUCCUACUGAUAUCACCAAGACCUCAGUGAGCCUGGCUUGGACCAAACCCAAGCACGAUGGUGGAAGCAGAAUUACGGGAUAUGUCCUGGAAGCCCAGAAGAAGGGAACUGAUCAGUGGGCCCAUGUAACCACAGUAAAGACCAUGGAUUUCACAGUGAAAAAUCUCAAUGAAAAUGAGGAGUACAUCUUCCGGGUAAUGGCGGUCAACCACUCCGGAAGAAGUGUUCCACGAGAGAGCAAACCAAUUGCUGUCAAGGACACUACUUCCCUGCCUGAGUUUGACCUGCGUGGUGUUUGUCAGAAGACUGUUAUUGCCAAGGCAGGAGAUGACAUCAAGGUUGAGAUUCCAGUUAUGGGACGUCCUAGACCAACUGUAUCAUGGCAGAAGGAUGGAGCAGCCCUAAAACUCACACAGAAAACCAACGUGGAAGCGACUGCUGCUACUGUUAUCAUUAGCAUCAGUGAAUGCACGAGAGCCGACAGUGGUAUAUACACCAUGACAGCAAAGAACAUUGUUGGAUCUGUGACAGACAACAUCAUCGUCAAAGUCCAUGAUGUACCUGGACCCCCCAAAGGACCAGUUAAGAUUGUGGAGAUUUCUCGCACCUAUUGCGUCUUCUCAUGGGAAACGCCUGAAAAUGAUGGAGGAGUUCCCAUCAACAACUAUGUGAUUGAGAUUAGAGACACCACUUCCCAAACAUGGACCGAGUUGUCUUCCACUGUCAUCCGCACAAUGUUCAAAGCCAUUCGUUUAAACACUGGAUCAGAGUACCAGUUCAGAGUAAAGGCUAAGAACAGAUAUGGUGUUGGACCUCCUAUCACCUCAGAAUCAGUUGUGGCUGCUUAUCCAUUCAAAGCACCAGGACCUCCCGGUACACCAAACGUUGUGGCAUUUACCAAGGACUCAAUAACGAUUGGCUGGAAUGAGCCUGUGUCUGAUGGUGGAAACGAAGUCAUUGGCUAUCAUGUUGAGAGGAAGGAAAGAAGCAGUAUCAUGUGGCAUAAGAUCAGCAAGGGUAUGGUGAAAGGAAACAUCUUUAAAUCCAGUGGGCUUGAAGAUGGAGUUGCUUAUGAGUUCCGUGUCAUGGCUGAAAACAUGGCUGGAAUAGGUAAACCCAGCAAGGCCUCAGAAGCAAUACUGGCGUUGGACCCUGUAGAUCCACCCGGUCAGCCUGAGCCAAUAUUUGUCAACAAGAAUGUCAUCACUAUUCAGUGGACAAAGCCAGAAUAUGAUGGUGGCUUCAAAAUCACUGGCUACACAGUAGAGAAGAGGGAGCUGCCUGCUGGCCGGUGGAUGAGAGCCAACUUCACCAACAUUAUUGAGACAACAUUCACCGUCAGUGGACUGACUCAGGAUGCCUCUUAUGAGUUCAGAGUAAUUGCCAAAAACUCUGCAGGUGCAGUGAGCAUCCCCUCUGAUCCAUCUGACCCAAUUAUAUGCAAAGAUGACAUUAUCGAACCACGUAUCAUGGUCGAUGCCAUCUUUAAGGAUGUUGUUCUACUGAAAGCAGGAGAGACCUUCAAACUUGACGCUGAUAUUGCUGGUCAACCAACGCCAUCUAUGGUUUGGACAAAGAAUGGAAAGGAAGUUGAGAACACAUUGAAACUGGAUGUCAGGUUCACUGAACUAACAACUACUCUGACCAACAAGGACUCCAUCAGAUCAGAUGGAGGAGAAUUUGUUUUGACUGCCACUAACGUUGGUGGAUUUGCAAAACACAUCUUCAAUGUUAAAGUGCUUGACAGACCUGGACCACCGGUCGGACCUCUUGAGGUUUCUAAUGUCACAGCUGAUAACUGUAUUAUUACCUGGGCUCCACCUGCAGAUGAUGGAGGUGCCAAGAUUGAAGGUUACGUGGUUGAGAAGCGUGAAUCUAGCAGAUUGGUUUGGACCAAUGUGAUUUCAGACCUUCAGGUUACACAACACAAGGUGACCAAACUUCUCAAAGGAAAUGAGUACAUCUUCAGAGUUAUGGCGGUCAACAAAUAUGGAAUUGGCGAGUCACUUGAAUCAGCACCCACUAUUGCAGACAACCCAUAUGUGGUCCCACAUCCUCCAGAGAAUCCUGAGGUGACAGCUAUUACUAAAGAUUCAAUGGUGAUUAUGUGGCAGGAACCGAAAUGUGACGGUGGAACUCCCAUCACCAGCUACAACGUUGAAAGGAAAGACAGAAUAGGCCUCCGCUGGGUCAAAUGCAACAAGAGGAAAGUGAGAGAGCUACAGUUCAAGGCAACAGGUCUUGUUGUUGGACAUGAAUAUGAAUUUAGAGUAACUGCUGAGAAUGCUGCUGGUGUAAGUGCACCAAGUGUAUCCAGUCCAUUCUACAAGGCCACAGAUGGACUGUACAAACCAGGGGCUCCAUGCAAUCCCAGGAUCUUGGAUACAACAAAGUCCUCAGUUACUGUUGCCUGGAACAAACCUGUCUACGAUGGUGGCUCUGAAAUCACUGGCUAUAUUGUAGAGACAUGCAUUCCAUCUGAAAAGGAGGAAGAGGAGGAAUGGACCAUUGUGACACCCAAGGAAGGCCUCCUUGCCACCUCAUUCACCAUUGUUAAUCUGAAGGAGAACCAGGAGUACAAGAUUAACAUCUCUGCUCUCAACAGUGAAGGAAUUGGAGAGGCAGCUUCUGUACCUGGAAAUCCCAAGGCAGAGGACAGACUUCUCCCACCUGAGAUUGAUUUGGAUGCUGAGCUCCGGAAGGUGGUCAGUCUUAGAGCUUGCUGCUCACUUCGACUGUUUGUUCCGAUUAGAGGCAGACCAGCUCCCCUGGCCAAAUGGACCAAAGGAGAUGGUGAGCCUGUUGAGAGGGCAACCAUUGACAGUACAACAUCAUACACGUCCCUCAUUAUUGAAAAUGUCAACAGAUUUGACAGUGGAAAGUAUAAUCUUACUGUGGAAAACAGUUCUGGCUCCAAGACCGUUACAGUCCAGGUCAGGGUGCUCGAUACACCAAGUGCGCCCCAGAAUCUGAAGCUCACCACUGUAACCAAUGAAGCUGUCACUCUCACUUGGGAUCCACCAGUGAAUGAUGGAGGAGUUAAGGUUAAAAACUACAUUGUUGAAAAACGUGAGUCUACAAGGAAAGCAUAUGCCACAGUCAGUGCUAAUUGCCAUCACACAACCUUCACGGUUGACCAGCUUCUGGAAGGAUGCAACUAUUACUUCAGAGUUUUGGCUGAGAAUGAAUAUGGCAUUGGAUUGCCCAUUGAGACUGGUGAAUCUGUUAAAGUGUCUGAAAAACCACAGCCACCUGGCAAAAUCACUCUCAAAGAUGUCACCAAAAAUAGUGUCACCCUGACAUGGGAGAGGCCAGAGCAUGAUGGCGGCAGCAGAGUGGGCUGUUACGUUGUUGAGAUCCAACCUAAAGGUGUUGACAAGUGGAGCCAGGCUAUGAUUGUGAAGGAAACAGAAGCUACUAUUAGUGGACUAAAUGCGGGUGAAGAAUACAUGUUCCGUGUCGCAGCAAGAAAUGAGAAGGGAACGAGUGACCCACGUCAAAUUGGUGUUCCUGUGAUCUUGAAAGAUCUUGUGAUUGCACCUGUUGCCAAAAUGCUGUUCAACACAUUCACUGUGUUGGCAGGAGAAGACCUGACAGUGGAUGUUCCAUACGUUGCACGUCCUAAAGCAAAUGUCUCCUGGGUAAAGGAUGGUCAGCCUCUGAAGAGAACUACUAGAGUAAACUUUGGUGCAACUGAGACGAUGCUGAACCUCAACAUAAAAGAGGCUGCCAAAGAUGAUGUUGGACACUACCUUAUUACUCUGAGGAACACAGCAGGAGAGACAACAGCAGACAUUGGCAUUGUUGUUCUUGACAAACCUGGCCAGCCAGGUGGCCCAGUGAAGAUAGAAGAGGUCACUUCUGACAGUGUCACCAUUUCCUGGAAUCCACCAGAGUAUGAUGGGGGUUGCACCAUCAAAAACUACAUUGUGGAAAAGAGAGACACAUCCACCACUAACUGGAUGGUAGUAUCUCCAAACCUUGCAAGGACCAAAAUUAAGGCAGGCAGACUGAAGACUGGCUCAGAGUAUCAGUUCAGAAUAACAGCAGAAAACCGAUAUGGAAAAGGUCCAGUUCUUCAGUCAGAGUGUAUUGUGGCUCAGUAUCCAUACAAACUCCCAGGCCCACCUGGAACACCAUCCAUUGCAGCCUGCGCAAAGGACAGCAUGGUGGUAGCCUGGAAUGAACCUGUGAACGAUGGUGGAAGCCCUAUCUUGGGCUACCAUCUCGAACGCAAAGAGAGAAACAGCAUCUUGUGGGUCAAACUUAACAAGUCUCUUAUUACUGACCAAACUUUUAAGACCACUGGUCUGGAACCAGGAAUGGAGUAUGAAUACCGGGUUUAUGCUGAAAACAUUGUUGGAAUAGGCAAAGUGAGCAAAGUGUCUGAGGGGCAUGUUGCUAGAGAUCCGUGUGAUCCCCCUGGGACCCCAGAGGCGACAAAGAUCACUAAGGACUCUGUGACCAUUGUUUGGACCAAGCCUGAGUAUGAUGGUGGAGCAAAGGUUACAGGUUACAUUGUGGAAAAGAAGGAACUUCCUGAGGGUCGUUGGCUAAAGGCAAACUUCACAAAUGUCAUUGAGACUGAAUAUGUUGCCACUGGACUUGUGCAGGACAAUCAGUACGAAUUCCGCGUCAUUGCCAGAAAUGCUGCCGGUGUUUUCAGCCUCCCAUCUUACAGCACCGGUCCCAUCACUGCCAGGGAUGAGAUUGAACCACCACGCAUCAGCAUUGAUCCUGAGUACACACAGACUGUGGUUGUUCAUGCUGGAGAAAACUUCAAAAUUGAUGCAGAUGCUCAUGGUAAACCAUUGCCCACCAUCCACUGGAUGAAGGGAGAGCAGGAACUGGGAAACACCAUUCACAGAGAAAUAAAGAACACACCCACCAAAGCUUUCAUGUCUGUCAAAGAAGCUAAACUUUCCGAUGGAGGCCAGUACACGCUGUUACUGAAAAAUCCAGGAGGAGAAAAGGCUACGCAGAUCAAUGUAGUGGUGUUAGAUAAACCUUCUGAGCCACAAGGACCUCUUGUUAUUACAGGAGUAAUGAAGGACCGGUGCUGUCUCGCAUGGAAACCACCACUGCAAGAUGGUGGCAGCAAAAUCUCCCACUACAUUGUGGAGAGGAGAGAAACAAGCAGACUGGUCUGGACCGUCAUUGAUCCCAAAGUAGAGAACAUUUGUCUAAAGGUUAACAAGCUCCUGGAAGGAAACGAGUACAUAUUCAGAGUUCAUGCUGUCAACCACUAUGGAACAAGUGCACCACUUGAGUCUGAUGCAGUCAUAAUCAAGGACCCAUAUUCAACACCUGGAUCACCUAGGAACUUAGAAGUCUCAGAUAUCAAGAAGGAUUCAAUGAUGCUCACCUGGGAGCGUCCUUUAGAAGAUGGAGGUAGCCCAAUCACUGGAUACAUAAUUGAGAAACAUGACAAAGAGGGAGUUAGGUGGACAAGAUGCAACAGGCAGACAGUCACUGCUUUGAACUUCAAGGUCACUGGACUCCUGGAUAGUCAUAUUUAUGAAUUCAGAGUCUCAGCCGAGAAUUCUGUUGGUGUCGGUGAGUCAAGCUCUCCAACUGUAUUCUACAAAGCUCUUGAUCCCAUCUUCACACCUGGCCCACCAAACAAUCCAAGAGUUACUGACACCACAAAAACAUCAGUAUUUCUGUCAUGGGGAAAGCCUGCCUGUGACGGAGGCUGUGAGAUUCAGGGAUACAUUGUUGAGUGCUGCACAACCACAGAGCCAGCAGUUCCCACUGAAACCCCAGAGGGAGAGGCAACUGCCACAGAUGCUCCAGCUGCAGAAUGGAUAAUGUGCACACCACCAACGGGUGUCAAGAGGACAAAGUUUGAAGUUGCAAAUUUGAAGGAAAACCAGGCAUACAGGUUUAGAGUAUGUGCUAUCAACAAAGUGGGAGUUGGUGAGCAUGCUGAUGUUUCAGGAGCAGUUGUUGCCCAGGACAGGGCAGAGGAACCAGACCUGGACAUUGACCCUGAACUCAGACAGAUUGUGACUAUUAAGGCCGGCGCUUCUCUUAGACUGUUUAUCCCCAUCAAAGGAAGGCCUACUCCUACUAUCAAGUGGGACAAAGAUGAAGCUGCCCUCAAAGAGAGUGCUCAGGUAGAGGUGACCAGCAGUUACACAUCGCUUGUAAUUGAUAAGAUGAGCAGAAAUGACAGCGGAAAAUACACAGUCAGUGCAGAGAACAGUAGUGGAACCAAAUCAGCAUUUAUUGUAGUCCGUGUUCUUGACACACCUAGCGCCCCGGUGAAUCUUAAAGUGAAAGAAGUGACAAACCAGUCAGUAACAUUGGCCUGGGAACCACCUCUACUGGAUGGCGGGUCCAAGAUCAGGAAUUACGUUAUUGAGAAGAGAGAAAGCACACGUAAAACAUAUGCUGCUGUUGUAACAAAUUGUCAUGCUCUGUCAUGGGUGAUUGAGCCACUCCAGGAGGGUUGCAGUUACUACUUCAGAGUCCUUGCCGAGAACGCUCAUGGUGUUGGCCUGCCCGCAGCAACUGUUGACCCUCUUAAGGUAUCAGAGGUGCCUCAGUCUCCAAAGAAUUUGAGUGUUACAGAUCAGACCAAAACAAGCAUCUCUUUGGCCUGGGAAAAGCCUGAGUAUGAUGGUGGGAGCAGAGUCAUUCAGUACCUGCUUGAGGUGCAGCUAAAGGGCCAGGACAAAUGGUCUGGUGUUAACACAUUUAAAACAAUGGAGGCUACUGUCACCAAACUUAACCCAGGAGAGGAGUAUUUAUUCAGAGUUACAGCAAUCAAUGAUAAAGGAAAGAGUGACCCCAAAGUCCUUGCUGGUCCGGUGAUGACCAAGGACUUGGUCUUUGAGCCAGAUGUCCGUCCAGCAUUCAGCAGCUACAGUGUUCAUGUGGGUAAAGACAUGGACAUUGUCAUCCCCAUCUUUGGACGUCCUAAACCAACAGUUGCAUGGACUAAAGAUGGAGCUCCUUUGAAGUUCACCACCAGAGUCAACACUGUCAGUACACCAACUCAAACAACACUGAGUAUUAAGGAGGCAGCAGGUGAUGAUGGUGGCAUGUAUGGUAUAAGUCUUUCUAACUCUGCUGGAAAGAAGGAGACAACAAUUGAACUCAUUGUACUUGACAAGCCUGGCCCUCCAUCUGGCCCCGUGAGAUUUGAUGAAGUCACAACACAGAGCGUCACCAUCUCAUGGGACCCACCAAAACACAAUGGUGGAUGCCCCAUUUCAAACUAUAUUGUGCAGAAAAGAGACACUACUUCAACCACAUGGGAAAAUGUCAGCAUCAACUGUGCCAGAACCACAAUAAAAGUCACAAGACUGAAGACUGGAGCUGAGUACCAGUUCAAGAUUAUUGCCCAGAACCGCUAUGGCAAGAGUCACGGUUUGGAUUCAUCUGCUGUGGUUGCUCAAUACCCCUACAGAGAGCCUGGCCCACCAGGUACUCCCUUCAUAGCCUCCCUCUCCAGAGACCACCAGAUAGUUGAGUGGCAUGAGCCUGUCUCAGAUGGAGGCAGCCCUGUCCUUGGUUACCAUCUGGAAAGGAAAGAGAGGAAUAGUAUCCUCUGGGUCAAGAUCAACAAGACACUCAUCCAUGAGACUAGUUUCAAAAGUCACCCAUUGGAGGAGGGUGUUGAGUAUGAAUACAGAGUUUAUGCUGAAAAUAUUGUAGGUAUUGGCAGAAGCAGUAAGGUCUCAGAGGGUUGUGUUGCUCGUGACCCAUGUGACCCGCCUGGAACACCAGAGGCCAUCCAUGUGACCAAAGAUACAAUUAUCAUCCAGUGGACUAAACCAGAGUAUGAUGGUGGCAGUAAUAUAACCGGCUAUACUGUGGAGAAGCGUGAUCUUCCAGACGGACGUUGGGUCAGGGCAAACUUCACUAACGUGAUUGAGACUCAGUUUACAGUCACUGGUCUGACUGAAAAUGCACAAUAUGACUUCAGAGUCAUUGCUAAAAAUGCUGUGGGCACCGUCAGCAAGCCAUCGUACAACAGUGGACCAAUCAUUGCAAGUGAUAAGGUGGAGGCACCCAAAUUCUCCAUUGACCCGGCAUUCACCAAGACCAUUAUCAUCAAUGCCGGAGAGACAUUUAAGUUGGAUGCCGACGUUCGAGGCAAGCCACUGCCUACAAUCCAGUGGUUCAAGGAUGAGAAACAACUUGAGAAUACUCUCAGGCUUGAGAUCAGAAACACAGAAAACCAUGCAAUGAUUGUCAUUAAGGACUCCGUUAGAGUUGAUGGUGGAGUUUACACACUCCAGCUGACAAAUGAGGCUGGCAGCGAAACUGUUCCAUUCAGGGUUGUGGUCCUGGAUAGGCCCAGUCAAUGUGAAGGACCCCUCCACAUCACUGGAGUUGCUGAAGAUAGAUGCACACUGGUAUGGCGUGCCCCUCUACAUGAUGGAGGUAAUCCUAUUAAACAUUACGUCAUUGAGAGGAGAGAGACUAGCCGUCUAGCUUGGACUGUUGUUUCUAGCUGUUGUGACACCACAUGCUACAAAGUCACCAAACUACUGGAAGGCAACGAGUACAUGUUCCGUGUCAUGGCAGUGAACAGUUAUGGAGUCAGUGAGCCACUUGAGUCUGCUGGAGUGAUCAUGAAGACUCCAUUCGUACCUCCUGGUUCACCUCAUAUUGAGGAGGUAACCAACAUUGCACACGAUGGCAUGACCGUCACCUGGUCUGCCCCCGAGGCGGAUGGUGGCAGCGAGAUUAUCAAUUACAUCAUCGAAAAGAAGGACAGAAGUGGCAUCAAAUGGACCAGAUGCAACAGACAGAAGGUCACUGAUCUCUCCUUUAGAGUUACAGGUCUUACCACAAACCAUGAGUAUGAGUUCAGAGUGGCUGCUGAGAACAUUGUUGGAGUGGGAGAACCCAGCCUUCCAAGUUCAUACUACAAGGCAUGUGAUCCCAAGUACAAACCUGGUGCCCCAGCAUAUGUGAAUGUGAUUGACUCCACAAAGAAUUCUAUCACAGUGUCAUGGGGUAAGCCUUUAUCUGACGGUGGUAGCACCAUUCAGGGAUACAUUGUUGAGAUCUGCAAGGCUGAAGAGGAGCAAUGGACCAUGGUUACACCUCCCACUGGCCUGCGUGUCAACAAAUAUGAAAUUACCAAACUUAAUGAGGGUCAGGAGUAUAAGAUCCAGGUUUGUGCUCUAAACAAACUGGGAGUUGGUGAGCCAUCAGUUCUCUCUGGGACCGCCAAACCAGAGGAGAGGGUCGACCCACCACAGAUCCAUCUUGACUCUGAACUCAGGAAGGGCAUUGUAGUGAAAGCAGGUGGGUCCGUUAGAAUCCAUAUUCCAUUCAAAGGUAGGCCAACCCCUGAAAUUAAGUGGACUAAAGAUGAAGGUGAUCUGACUGAAAAGGCAGUGGUUGAGAAAGCUCUCCACUUCACGCAGUUGUCCAUCGACUCAUGCGAUAGAAAUGACUCUGGAAAAUACACCCUGAGCCUGACCAACAGCAGUGGCACUGUGUCUGAGUUUGUUUCAGUUAAAGUCCUGGAUACACCCGGGGCCCCACAGAAACUUGUGAUCAAAGAAAUUAAAAAGGACUCUGUGACUCUCGCAUGGGAUGCUCCACUGAUUGAUGGGGGGUCCAAGAUCAAGAACUAUGUCAUUGACAAACGUGAAUCCACCAGAAAGGCAUAUGCAAAUGUGUCCACAAAAUGCACCAAGACCACAUUCAAAGUUGAAAAUUUGAUUGAAGGUGCGAUGUACUAUUUCAGAGUCAUGGCUGAGAAUGAAUAUGGAGUAGGACAGGGUAUUGAAACAAAGACUGCUUCUAAGGCCUCUGAGGUACCACUACCUGUUGGAAAAGUCUUCCUCCUUGAUGUCACCAAGGCCACAGCCACGCUGGCCUGGGAGAAACCUGAGCACGAUGGAGGCAGUAGAAUUGGUGGCUAUCUUAUUGAGAUGCAGCCUAAAGGUACAGACAAGUGGGGAGUUGCAACAAAUACAAAGACAUGUGAGGGCACUGUCACAGGUCUCACAGCUGGAACAGAGUACUUAUUCCGUAUCAUUGCUUACAACGAGAAGGGAAAGAGCGAACCAAAGGCACUUGCUGCACCUGUUGUUGCAAGUGACAUGACCAUGGAGCCAAGCAUUAAGAUGCAGUUCAACACUUACAGUGUAUUGGCUGGAAAAGAUCUGAAGCUUGAGUUCCCUGUGAAUGGUAGGCCCAAACCCAGGGUCUCCUGGACCAAGGAUGGUCAACCUUUGAAGGUGACAUCCAGAGUCAAUAUAACAAACACUCUAGCAACAACAGGAAUUACAAUUACUGAGGCUUGCAAGGACGACUUUGGUAAAUACUCUAUCACUGCAACGAAUACUGCUGGCACAGUCACGGAGGAAGUGGCUGUCAUUAUCCUUGACAAGCCUGGUCCACCAACAGGUCCAAUCAAGGUGGUUGAAGUCAGCAACACCUUUGUCCACCUUUCCUGGGAGCCUCCAGUGUACACUGGUGGAUGCCAAGUUAAGAACUAUAUCGUGGAGAAGAGAGACACAACCACCACGACAUGGCAGUCAGUCACCACACAGCUAGCUAGAACAGCUUUUAAGAUCACCAAGCUGAAGACUGGUGCAGAAUACCAGUUCAGAAUCAUAGCUGAAAACAGAUACGGAAAGGGUCAGUCUCUGGACUCUAAGGCCAUUGUGGUGCAAUAUCCAUACAAACCCCCAGGGCCUCCAGGAACCCCACAUGUCAAAUCUGCCACUAAAGAAAUGAUGAUCAUUGAAUGGAAUGAGCCAGUUAAUGAUGGUGGAAGUGCAGUUAUUGGUUACCACCUGGAAAGCAAGGAGAGAAGCAGCAUCCUGUGGAACAAACUGAACAAGACUCUUAUCACUGAUACUCAGUUUAAGAUCUGCAACCUGGAGGAGGGUAUUGGUUAUGAGUUCAGAGUUUAUGCUGAAAAUAUCGUUGGCAUUGGUAGAUGUAGUAAAGUAUCUGAAUCCUUUGUUGCACGUGACCCAUGUGAUCCUCCUGGUGCUCCUGAAGCUGUGUCUAUUUCAAAGAACAUGAUCAAGAUACAGUGGACCAAGCCUCAGUAUGAUGGUGGCAGCAAGGUUAAUGGGUAUAUUGUGGAAAGGAAAGAUCUUUCCUCCCCUGAUGGGCGCUGGGUAAGAAGUAAUUUCACCAAUAUCAUUGAGACAGAGUAUACCAACACUGGUCUGACUGAGAAUGAGCAAUAUGAAUUCAGAGUUAUUGCAAGAAAUGCAGCCGGAGUCUUCAGUGAGCCAUCUGACAGCUCUGGACCUAUCACAGCUACUGAUGAAAUUGAACCACCCAGGGCCUCAAUGGAUCCCAAAUACAAAGACGUUAUUGUUGUCAAUGCUGGUGAACAUUUGCUUCUUGAUGCAGACAUCCAUGGAAAGCCAAUCCCUGAUGUUGUCUGGCUUAAACAGGGCAAGGAAAUGAACAAAGCCUUGCGCAUUGAAGUGAAAACUACACAGAAACGUGCAGCCAUGACAAUUAAGGAUGUAACCAAACUUGACAGUGGCCACUAUGACCUGGUCCUCAAAAAUCUGGGGGGUACAAAAACCUUCCCUAUCACUGUUAAAGUCCUUGAUAAACCAGGUCCGCCCACUGGACCCAUGAAGGUGACUGGAGUAAUGUCUGACAGGUGCAUCCUUGCAUGGGCUGAGCCAACUCUGGAUGGUGGUGCAAGUAUCAGUCACUAUGUUUUGGAGAAGAGAGAAACUAGCAGGUUGUCCUGGACAAUGGUUUCAUCAGAUAUCAAGGGACUGUUCUACAAACUGACAAAUUUGCUCCCUGGAAAUGAAUACAUUUUCAGAGUCAAGGCAGUCAACAAAUAUGGUGUUGGUGAUUGUCUUGAGAGUGAACCCAUCAUUGCACGUAAUCCUUACAAACCACCUAGUGCUCCUGGAACUCCAGAGGCAGGCCAAAUCACAAAGGACUCUAUUGUUCUGUCAUGGACCGCCCCAGAACAGACUGGUGGAGCUGAGAUUCAAAGCUACCACCUUGAAAAACGUGACAAAGACAGCGUAAGGUGGACAAAAUGCAACAGGCAAAAGUUAACAGACACCCACUUCAAGGUGACCGGUCUACUGCUGGAUCACUUCUAUGAGUUCCGUGUUGCUGCUGAGAAUGAGGCUGGAAUGGGAGAUCUCAGUGAACUGUCCAUGUUCUACAGAGCAUGUGAUGCCACGACACCACCUGGACCUCCACACCACCCUAAAGUGAUAGAUUACACAAAAUCCACUGUGUCUCUGUCCUGGGGCAAACCCGACUUUGAUGGUGGAGCCUACAUCAAGGGCUACAUUGUUGAAAUGAGGGAGUAUACACCAGUGUCUGAGUCACCAGAGGAGGCAGAAGUAGCACCAACGGUAGAGCCUCCGGUUGAAAAGGAAUGGACCAUGUGUACUCCACCUGCCGGCAUUCAAGCCACUAAACUCACUAUCCCUGACCUGAAGGAUGGUGGAGAAUAUCAGUUCCGUGUCUGUGCUAUUAACUCAGAGGGCGUGGGUGAAGCUGCUAAUGUCCAUGGAACAGUAGUAACAUGUGACAGGGUGGAAGCUCCAGAGAUCGAACUUGACGCUGAUCUCAGGAAGGUGGUUUCUGUCCGGGCUGGUGGAACACUGCGUCUGUUUGUUGCAAUUAGAGGAAGACCACAACCGUCUGUGAAAUGGGAGAAGGUCGAGGGUGUUCUCACAGAGCGUGCCGCAAUCGACACAACCAGUUCAUACACAAUGCUUGUUAUUGACAAUGUUAACCGCUUUGACAGUGGCAAAUAUUCACUAACACUGGAGAAUGGCAGUGGCGUAAAAUCUGCUGUUGUUGCAGUGAGAAUUUUGGAUACACCAAGUGCACCACAAAACUUUGCUGUUAAGGAGCUCAAGAAGGAUUCGGUUACUCUGGCGUGGGAUACACCACUGACCGAUGGUGGUUCGAAAAUCACAAACUACAUCAUUGAGAAGAGAGAGUCGGUCAGGAAAGCCUAUACAACUGUCACGAGUAACUGCACGGCCAAUACAUUCAAGAUUGAAGACCUACCAGAGGGUGGAAACUUCUACUUCAGAGUCUGUGCUGUCAAUGAAUAUGGCCAAGGACAGAUGGUUGAAACCAAAGAAGUCAAAGUGUCUGAGGUACCUCUGCCUCCAAGCAAGGUUACUCUCAUAGAUGUGACCAAGACCAGCGUAUCACUCGCCUGGGACAAACCUGCUCACGAUGGUGGAAGCAAAGUCAUGUGCUACAAUGUGGAAUUUAAACCCAAGAGUGGUGAUAAAUGGGGCACAGCGUGCACAGUCAAGGUGCCAGAAGCAACUAUUCCUAACCUGACUCCCAACGAAGCUUUCUUGUUCAGGGUUGUCGCAAUCAAUGAAAAGGGAAAGAGUGAGCCAAAAGACUUCGGUUUGCCUGUGAUUGCAAAGGAUGUUGCUAUUGAACCAUCAACCAAUUUACUGUUUACCACAUACAGUGUGAAGGCUGGAGAUGACCUCACACUUGAGGUUCCAGUAAGAGGCAGGCCAAAACCUGUUGUGUCAUGGAAGAAGGAUGGCCUUCCUUUGAAGCAAACAUCAUCAGUUACCAUCUUAAACACUGCAACCUCCUCCAAAAUUAUCAUCAAAGAGGCUCGCAGGGAACACGUUGGCAAGUAUGAAAUCACCUUGGCCAACACAGCAGGAACUGUCACAGCAGAUAUUGGAGUUGUUGUCCUUGAUAAACCAGGCCCACCAAAAGGAAUUAAGGUGGAUGCCGUGACCUCAGACAGCAUCACGCUGUCCUGGUCGCCACCAGAGUAUGAUGGUGGCUGCUCCAUCAGUAACUACAUUGUAGAGAAGAGAGACACAAACACACAGGAAUGGCAAAUGGCUGCAAGUAAUGUUGCCAGAACCUCUUUUAAGGCUGGCCGCCUCACACAUGCCGCUGAGUACCAGUUCCGUAUCUAUGCAGUUAACCGUUAUGGGAAGAGUACCUACCUGGAUUCACCUGGAAUCACUGCUCAGUAUAACUUCAAACAACCUGGACCUCCUUCCACACCUAUUGUGAAAUUGGCCACCAAGGCCUUCAUGUUGGUGACCUGGAAUGAACCAGUCAUGGAUGGUGGUAGUCCUGUUUUGGGUUAUCACCUGGAGAGGAAGGAACGUACUAGCAUUCUUUGGACAAAGAUGAACAGAGGAAUGAUCAAAGACACAGAAUACAAAGUCAUUGGAAUUGAAGAGGGCAUGAUGUAUGAAUACCGUGUCUAUGCCGAAAAUAUUGCUGGUAUUGGUAAAUGUAGUAAAGCCUGUGAAGCUGUAGCAGCCAGAGAUCCAUGUGAUCCUCCUGGCACACCUGUGGUCACUGCUGUUACCAGAACAUCUGUGUCCUUAUCUUGGGAUAAACCAGAAUAUGAUGGUGGAGCCAAGGUUUCUGGCUACAUUAUUGAACGCAGAGACCUUCCUGAAGGACGUUGGACAAGGUGCAACUUCACCAAUGUGCCUGAGACCCACUAUGAUGUGACAGGCCUUACAGAGAACAGCCAGUAUGAUUUCCGUGUUAUUGCAAAGAAUGCAGCUGGACUGUUCAGUAUACCAUCAGACAACACUGGCCCCAUCACCGUCAAGGAUGACGUUGAGCCACCACGCAUCAUGAUGGACGUCAAGUACAGAGAGACAGUGUUUGUCAAAGCAGGAGAAACUCUUAAGAUUUAUGCUGACCUCGCUGGACGUCCUGCACCAGUCAGUUCCUGGACCAAGGAUGGCAAAGAGAUUGAGCUGAGAGCCAGAAUCCAAAUACUUUCCACAGAUACCAGCACAAGUGUCAUUGUGAAGGACUGCAUCAGAAGAGAUUCUGGACAGUAUGUCCUGACUCUACAAAACAUAGGAGGGACAGUUACAAUGCCAAUAAACUGUGUGAUAAUUGAUAAGCCAGGGCCCUCAGCAGGACCUCUGCAGAUCACAGGUCUCACGGCUGAGUCAUGCAUUCUGUCAUGGGGUCCUCCUCAGGAGACAGGUGGUGCUACCAUCACACAUUAUGUUGUUGAGAAGCGUGAGACCAGUCGCUUGGCAUGGACACUGGUGAAGGGAGAGGUCACAAAAACAUACUACAAAGUCACAGGCCUGCUAAAGGGCAAUGAAUAUAUGUUCAGAGUUCUGGCUGUCAACAAGUAUGGUCUUGGUGAACCUCUGGAGAGUGACACUGUAAAGGUUUCAGAUCCAUACACGAUUCCCAGCACUCCAGCCAGCGUUGAUGUAACUACCAUAACUGGAGACUCGAUGACCCUCACUUGGUGCAAGCCAGCCAGCGAUGGAGGCAGCCCCAUUACUGGAUAUGUGAUUGAGCGUCGUGAGAAGACAGCUAUGCGCUGGAUCCGUAUAAAUAGAGAUCCAGUUGUUGAAUGUACCUCCGUGGCAACCAAACUGCGCAAGGGUUACGAGUAUGACUUCAGAGUCUAUGCUGAAAAUGCUGCUGGUCUGAGCGCCCCAAGCGAACCAUCUGCGACUUUCAGAGCCACUGAUCCUCUGGUGGUUCCAUCUCGCCCAACCAAGCCCAAAUGUAUCAGCUCAACCAAGGACACCGUGUCUAUUGUCUGGAAACCACCGACAGAUGAUGGUGGUGCUCCCAUACUUGGAUACUGUGUAGAAUACAGAGAACACAUCCCCAAACCAGCGGCAGAGGUGGAGGAAGAUGAAGAAGAAUACGAGGAAGAAGAGGAGGAAGAGGAACCUGAAUCUCCUGAAGAACUAGCAAGAUGGGUUGAGGCCAUUCCUCUUACCAAGAGUCUGGAAUUCACAAUCACUGGAUUAAAGACAGAUACAGAGUAUGAAUUCUGUGUCAAGGCACUAAACAAAGUUGGCAGCAGUACACGUAGCCAGUAUUCAGAUCCAGCCGCCGCAAUAGACAGAACAGCAGAGCCCUCCUUUGACAUCGACACUGAGAUGCGUAAAGUACUUAUCGUUAAGCACGGCACAGCAUUUACUCUCAACGUGCCAUUCAAGGGAAAACCUGUACCAUCCGCAGAAUGGGUGAAAGAGGGAAUUGACCUGAAAGUCAGAGGGACCAUAGAAUCAACCGAAUCCAGCACCUCACUUACUAUCGAGAAGUCAACCAGAAAUGACUCUGGUGAAUACUCUGUCACAAUUGAAUCAUCACUGGGAAGAGCAACAUUGCCUAUGGUUGUCAAGGUGCUCGACUCUCCUGGACCUCCAGUCAAUGUUAAAGUUUCAUCAGUGACCAGGGAUUCUGCAACCCUGACUUGGGAGGCACCGGAGAAUGAUGGUGGUGAUGCAGUGAAGGCUUAUCAUGUUGAGAAACGUGAGGCCAGUAAGAAGGCCUGGGUGUCUGUGACCAGCAACUGCCACAAUUUGAGUUACAAGGUGGAAGACCUGCAGGAGGGAGCCAUCUAUUACUUCAGAGUUAUUGGAGAAAAUGAGUAUGGACUUGGUGUCCCCCAGGAGGCCAAGGCAGGAACAAAGAUUACAGAGGUGCCAAGUCCACCCAUGAAGCUUGGAGUUGCAAACGUUACCAAGGAUUGUGUUACAAUUGCCUGGACAAGACCAGAAUAUGAUGGUGGUAGCAGAGUCACUGGUUACCUUAUUGAUGCCCUGGAGAAGGGACAGAACAAGUGGGUGAAAUGUGCCACAGUGAGAACCCUGACUCACACAAUCAAGAGCCUGAGAGAAGGGGCUGAGUACUUUUUCAGAGUCCGGGCUGAAAACCACGCUGGACUCAGCGAACCCAAGGAGAUGAUUGUUCCUGUUAUUGUCAAAGAAAUACAAGAGGCUCCAGAGUUUGAUCUGAAGAACUAUCCCAAAAACACAGUUUACGUGAAGGCAGGAUCCAACCUGACCUUCGAGAUCCCUCUUACCGGCAGACCCAUGCCGAAGGUGACAAUGUCCAGGAACAAUGUCGUCAUCAAGGGGUCCAAGAGGUUACUGACAGAGGUGACUCCAGACAGCUUGGUCAUCACUCUAAAUGAAAGCAUUUCAAGUGACGCUGGAAAAUAUGAAGUCACUGCCUCAAACGCAGGAGGAACUACCAAGAUCUUCAUCAUCUUUGUUGUGCUGGACAAACCUGGACCUCCCAUUGGUCCAGUUGAGGUCGGAGAGGUCGGAGAGACCACAGUAUGUCUGAAAUGGACUCCUCCCGAGUACGAUGGUGGCAGCCCUGUUACCAAUUACGUUGUUCUGAAACGUGAAACCAGCACUCCUACCUGGGCUGAGGUGUCAACCAGCAUUGCCAGAAGCUCAAUCAAGGUGACCAAGCUGACCAAGGGAGAGGAGUAUCAGUUCAGAAUCAAGGCUAUGAAUCGUUAUGGCCUCAGCGACCACAUUGACAGUAAACCAGUCAUGAUAAAACUUCCAUACACCAUCCCUGGACCUCCGUCCACCCCAUGGAUUGGAUUUGUGUCCAGAGAGAGUCUGACAAUCUGCUGGAAUGAGCCUGUCAAUGAUGGUGGAAACCCUGUGAUUGGGUAUCAUCUCCAGAUGAAGGAGAGGAGCAGCAUCCUCUGGCAGAAGGUCAAUAAGACAGCAAUCCCCGGUAACCAGUGGCGUGUCACAAACAUCUGUGCCGGCCUCAUCUAUGAAUUCAAAGUUGCAGCUGAAAAUGCUGCUGGUAUUGGAAAGAUGAGCAAGACCUCUGAAGAGGUACUUGCUAUUGAUGCCUGUGAGCCCCCAGCAAAUGUCCGCAUCACAGAAGUUACCAAGAACUCAGUCAGCCUGGCCUGGCAAAGGCCUCCAUAUGAUGGUGGUAGCAAGAUCACUGGCUACAGUGUGGAAAGGAGGGAAGCUGCCAGUGGCAGAUGGGUGAAGGCCAACUUCACAAACAUCAUUGAGAUGGGCUUCACUGUAUCUGGACUGAACCAGGACGAGUCUUAUGAGUUCAGAGUGUUUGCCAAGAAUGCUGUUGGUUCUGUCAGCAACCCAUCUCUCAUCGCCGGCCCAGUCACUUGUGUGGAUGCUUGUGGUACCCCAGCCAUUGAUCUUCCCCCUGAGUAUCUGGAUGUGGUUCAGUACAAGGCCGGAGCUUCAGUCAAGCUCAGAGUAGGAAUCGCUGCCAAGCCUUUGCCGGCUAUUGAGUGGCUGAAGAAUGGCAAAGAGCUGGUAGCCAGCUCCACGGUGUCUGUUGAAAGCACAACAGACUCUACUGCUGUUCUGAUCAAGGAUGCCACUCGCUUUGACACAGGCUCAUACGAGGUCAAGAUAAAAAAUGUUUUGGGAUCAGCAUCUGCAACCAUCAGGAUUGAGAUCCUUGAUAAACCUGGACCUCCACCUGGCCUCAUUAACUUUAACUCCAUCACAGCAGACAAGAUCAUUUUCAGCUGGCAACCAGUGCCUGAGUCUGACCAGGGAGGUUCCAAGGUGACCCACUACCUUGUUGAGAGGCGUGAAACCAGCCGAGUGGUCUGGUCAACAAUUUCAGACAAGUACGAGCAGACACACAUCACCGUGGGCAAGUUAGUGCGUGGAAAUGAGUAUGUGUUCCGUGUCAUGGGUGUUAACAAGUAUGGAGUUGGAGAGCCACUGGAGUCAGAGCCAGUCAUCGCUAAGAAUGCAUUUGUGAACCCCGGCCAGCCUCGUACUCCUGAGGUGAAUAUCAUCACCAAGACCACGAUGGUGGUAGAAUGGGACAAACCAGGUGUAGAUGGAGGAAGCCCAGUUACUGGCUACUACCUGGAGAGGCGAGACAAGAAGAGCUUGCGCUGGAUCAGAGUUUACAAAGAUCCAGUCACUGACAUCAAACAAACAGUCUAUCACCUGACAGAAGGAAACGAGUACCAGUAUCGUGUUUGUGCAAUUAACAAGGCUGGAGAGGGGCCGUUCUCUGAUGCAUCAGACUACUACAAGGCCGCUGACCCAGUUGAUCCACCAGAUGAGCCUUGCAAGCUAAAAGUGGUGGACUCCACCAAGACAUCCAUCACCUUGGGCUGGUCCAAGCCAGAAUGGGAUGGAGGCAGCGAGGUCAUCAGCUACAUGGUGGAGAAGCUUGUCGAGGGAGAGGAGCAAUGGGCCAUGGUUACUUCAAAGGGAGAAGUCAAGACAACAGAGUACACAGUUCACGACCUAAAACCAGAUGUCAACUACUUCUUCAGAGUCUCUGCUGUCAAUUGUGCUGGCCGUGGAGAGCCUCUUGAAAUGACAGAACCUGUACAGGCCAAGGAUAUCCUGGAGGAGGCCCAUAUUGACUCAGAUGUUGCUAUGAGAACUCACUACAUUGUGAAGGCUGGCAAGGAUGUGGAACUUUCUGUUCCUCUGAAGGGAAGACCAGCUCCAACUGCUUCCUGGAGCAAAGGAGACGAAUGCAUUGAUCGUAACCCUUCGUAUGAGUUCCACCACUCAGACACAACCACAGUCCUUGUCAUGCGUGAGGUGACAAGGCUUGACACUGGAAAGUAUACAGUCAAGAUAGAGAAUGGCGUAGGACAGCCAAAGACGCUGACUCUGUCCGUGAAGGUCCAGGAUACACCGGCGCAAUGUAGGAACUUGGUCCUGAAGGAAGUGACCCGUGGAAAGGUCACUCUCUGCUGGGAACCUCCACUCCUUGACGGAGGUGCUGAGGUCACAAACUACAUCAUCGAGAAGAGAGACUCCUCAAAGAGAUCUUUCUCCGCGGUCACAACCAAAUGCACAGAUACAACAUAUACCAUUGAAGACCUUUCAGAGAAGACAUCCUUCUUCUUCCGUGUCUUAGCAGAGAAUGAGAAUGGAAUUGGUGAUCCAUGUGAAACACUAGAGCCCGUGAAAGCUACAGAGACUCCAGGGCCAGUCAAGGAAGUCUCUAUGAAGGAUUCAUCCAAGUCCUCUGUCACCCUCCAGUGGCUGAAGCCUGAUUAUGACGGCGGCAGCAUCAUUUCUGACUACGUCAUUGAGAAGAAGCUCAAGGACGAGGAAUGGUCACUGGGUGGAACCAGCAGACAGUGUGAGUUUGAAGUAAAGAAACUCAAGGAGCACUCAGAAAUGUUCUUCAGAGUUGCCGCCAGGAAUGAGAAGGGACAGGGUGACUUUGUUGAGACAGGACCUAUAAAGGUCAUUGAUUACAUUAUCACACCUGAGGCAUGCCUUGCAGAGUACCCAGGUGGCAGCCUCAGUGUUCGCCUGGGUCAUAAUGUGCACAUUGAGUUGCCAUACAAAGGCAAACCCAGACCUGCUGUUCUGUGGCUGAAGGACAACCUGCCUCUGAAGGAAAGUGACCAAAUACGUUUCAAGAAAACGGAAAACAAAGCUACCCUGAUGAUUAAGAAUGUGAAGAAGGAGAAUGAGGGUAAAUACACCCUGACCCUUGACAAUAAGGUCAACAGAAGAUCAUUCCACAUCCAUGUCAUCACACUUGGACCACCAUCAAAGCCUGUUGGACCCAUCCGACUGGAUGAAAUAAGAGCUGAGAGCAUCAUGAUCUCCUGGGAUGAACCCAACGAUGACGGUGGUGGAGACAUUACCUGCUACAGUGUGGAGAAACGGGACACUUCCAAGUCUGACUGGAAGAUGGCCUGCUCCAGUGUACAGGGUACUCAGUUCAAGGUUCCUAACCUGAUCAAGGGUGUUCAAUAUCAGUUCAGAGUGUGUGCUGAGAACCGGUAUGGCGUUAGCGAGGCUCUGGUCUCACAAAUGGUUAUUGCUAAGCACCAGUUCAGGCCUCCAGGUCCACCAGGCAAGCCUGUUGUGUACAACGUUACCAACGACGGCAUGACCAUCCAGUGGGAGAAGCCAAUCUAUGACGGUGGUACCCCCAUCCAAGGCUUCCACGUGGAGAAGAGAGAAAAGAACAGCAUCAUGUGGCAGAAGGUCAACACAAUCCUGAUCAAAGAAACUGAUUUCAGGAUCUUAGAGCUCAUUGAAGGCCUGGAGUACUCCUUCAGAGUCUAUGCCCAAAACGAUGCUGGCUUCAGUCGGAUGAGUGAUGAGAGUAAGCCAACCAUGGCUGUUAGUCCUGUUGAUCCUCCAGGCCAGCCUGACUACACUGAUGUGAUGAGUGAUUCAGUGACACUAAAAUGGGAUGCACCUAAACGUGAUGGUGGAAGCAAGAUCGCCGGCUACAACAUUGAGAAACGCCAAGGACACGGCCGUUGGUUCAAGGCAAACUUGACUGACGUGCAUGACUGUCAGUAUACCGUCACCGGCCUGGCAAUGAACGAGCGCUACGAGUUCAGAGUCAUUGCCAGAAAUGCCAUUGGUGUCAUCAGUCCUCCGUCAAACUCCUCUGGCUUGAUUGUUGUCAGAAGUGAGAAUGCUGCUCCAAACAUUGAGUUUGGCCCAGAGUAUUUCGAGGGUUUGACCGUCAAAGCAGGAGACAACAUCCGGCUAAAGGUGACCAUCACUGGACGGCCAGUUCCCAAAGUUAUCUGGUACAGAGAUGGUGUAGAGGUUACCAAAAAGAUGAUGGAUAUCAUCACUGUGGCUGGGUCCAGCACUGUGUUUGUCAGGGAUGCUGACCGCUCACACCGUGGCCUCUACACCGUGGAGGCUACCAAUGGAUCUGGAAGUAGGAAGGAGAACAUCCUUGUCCAAGUCCAAGAUACACCUGGAGAGCCAGUCGGACCCAUCACCUUCACCAACAUUUCAGAAGGAAAAUGCACUCUGUCUUGGAAUCCACCAGAGAAUGACGGUUGCUCUGAGAUCUCUCAUUACAUUGUUGAGAAGCGUGAGACAGCCAAGAUCUCUUGGGCCUUGGUGUCUGAUGAGUGUAAUGAGUGCACUUUCAAUGCAACCAAGCUCAUCAAGACUAACGAGUAUCAGUUCAGGGUCUCUGCUGUGAACAAAUUUGGAGUUGGUAGACCUUUGGAGUCCACCCCCAUCAUUGCACAAAUGCAAUAUACUACUCCUGAUGCUCCAGGUACUCCUGAUGCCACUGAGGUGACAGGAGAGAGCAUCACCCUAUCUUGGACUCCUCCAACAUCUGAUGGAGGAAACCCCAUCCAGUACUACAUCCUGGAGAAACGAGAAAAGAAGACUCUCCGCUUCUACAAGGUCAUUACCAAAAAGCCCAUCAUCGAAUGUGCUCACAAGGUGCUUCACCUGACAGAGGACAUGGAGUAUGAGUUCCGUGUCAUGGCCGUCAAUGACGCUGGUGUUGGAGCUCCUAGCAACAUCUCUAUACCUAUCAAAGCUGCCGAGCCAAAGGAUAUUCCUUGUGCUCCAUCUGUGAUAUGUGUCUCAGACUCCACCAACACCUCCAUCAGCUUGGAAUGGACCAAACCUGGGGAUGACGGUGGCAUGGAGAUCCUCGGCUACAUUAUUGAAAUGGUGAAGGGAGAAGAUGCUGAAUGGAAGAGAGUGAACGAGGAGCUUGUGGCAGAAACUAACUAUGUGGUGACGGGUCUUCAGACUGGAGCAGAGUACAAGUUCCGUGUUGCAGCUGUCAAUCAUGUGGGUAGAGGAGAGGACAAGGAGAUUCUUGAGCCGGCUCAGGCUGUAGACAGGCUAACGGCACCACAGGUAGACAUUGACGCCACAUUCAAGCAGACACACAUCAUUAAGGCUGGAAGUUCAGUUUGCUUGGGCAUCCACUUCAGAGGAAAGCCUGUUCCCACUGCCACCUGGGUGAAGGAGGAAGGGGAGCUGAGUGCCAUGUCAGAAAUUUCAAAUACUGAAGGCUACAGCUCUCUCAGUAUGGAAAACUGCUCCAGAAAGGACUCAGGAAAAUACACCGUUAACCUGGAGAACUCUAGCGGUAGUAAGGCCAUUUCAUUUAUCGUAAAGGUGAUGGACACUCCUGGACCUCCACAGGCUGUUGCCUUCCAAGAGGUGUCCAGAGGCACAGUCACUCUUAGCUGGGAGCCUCCUCUUCAUGACGGCGGGGCCCGAAUCCAUCACUAUAUUGUUGAGAGACGUGAGGCCAGCCGACGCACAUGGCAGCAGUCUGGUAGCAAGUGCACUAAAAAUAUCCUGAAGAUCCAGGAUCUGCUGGAGGGAGUGCCAUACUUCUUCAGGGUCUCUGCAGAGAACCAACACGGUGUGGGAGAGGCCUUUGAGAUCACUGAACCUGUUAUUGCCACUGCAGAACCAGCAUCUCCAAAGAGACUGGACAUCCUGGACACCACAGACAACUCUGUGUCACUAGGCUGGCUGAAACCAGAGCACGAUGGCGGUAGUCGCAUCCAGUGUUACGUCAUUGAGGCCAGGCCUAAGGGUACAGACAAGUGGGUAGUCGUUGGCAACACCAAGAGUCUCACUUAUGUUAUUGAAAAGCUCAACAAGGGCGAUGAAUAUGACCUCCGUGUAAAGGCCAAGAAUGAAGCUGGCUACAGCAAGCCGAAGGAAACUCUGGCUCCUGUGCUGGUCAAAGAGCCUCACAUUGAACCUGCAGCUGACCUCAGUGAGAUUGCAAACCAGCUCAUCACAUGUAGAUCUGGCAGCACUUUCACGAUCGAUGUUCCCAUCAGUGGUAGACCUGCGCCUAAGGUCACCUGGAAGCUGGAGGAGAUGAGGCUAAAGAGCUCCGACAGAGUUUCCAUCAAAACAACCAAAGACAGAACCAGCAUCUCAGUCAAGGACGCCAUGAGAGGAGAUGGUGGUAAAUACUAUCUGACUCUGGAGAAUGUGGCAGGAACCAGAACCUUCGCUGUUGAAGUUAAUGUCACAGGCAGACCCAGUCCUCCAAGUGGAACCAUCGAAAUUUCCUCCAUUACCUCCGAGUCUUGCGUCGUUACUUGGGAGCCACCAGAGGAUGAUGGUGGUACAGACAUCACCAACUACAUUGUGGAGAAGCGUGAGUCUGGUUCCACGGCAUGGCAGCUGAUCAACUCCAGCGUGAAGAGAACGUCUCUCCAUGUCAGUCACCUGACCAAAUACAUGCAGUACACUUUCAGGGUAUCCGCUGAGAACAGGUUUGGAGUCAGCAAGCCCACUGAGUCUGAAACUAUUGUCGCAGAGCAUCCUUUCACACCUCCUGGCCCACCCACGAAGCCUUCAGUCUUUAACGUCACUGCGAACACAAUGACCCUGAAAUGGGAAGAGCCUUACCAUGACGGUGGAAGCAAAGUGACAGGCUACUGGAUUGAGAAGAAAGAGAGGAAUAACAUCCUGUGGGUGAGAGAGAACAAGAUCCCCUGCUUCGAAUGCUACACCAAGGUGGAAGGUCUGGUCGAGGGCUUGGAAUACCAGUUCAGGGUUUAUGCUAUGAACAGUGCUGGGCUGAGCAAAGCCAGUGAGGCCUCAAAGGGAGCAGUAGCUCAAAACCCAGUUGAUCCACCUAGCAAGCCUGAAGUCACAAAUGUCACAAGAACCACCGUCUCCCUCAAAUGGUCAGCUCCACUGAACGAUGGUGGAAGUCCCAUCGUGGGCUACAUCAUUGAACGGAAGCCGUACACAUUGACCGGUGAGGGUCGCUGGCUAAAGUGUAACUACACCAAUGUGACAGACAAUUUCUACACCGUGACCGCCCUGGGAGAAGGAGAACCCUACGAGUUCAGAGUCAUUGCCAAGAAUGCCAACCAGGUCUUCAGCACUCCGUCAGAGUCCACCGGGUCUGUCCAGUGCAAGACCGACUUUGAGCCACCAAAGGCCCAGCUGGACAGCAAACUCCUGUCUGAAACUGUCAUGGUCAGAGCUGGUUCAGACUUGGUUCUGGAUGCUGCAGUGGGAGGCAGACCUGACCCCAAGGCUUCCUGGUCCAAGGGAACUAAAGAUCUGGAGUUGUGUGAAAAGUAUCACCUGCAGUACACCCCCACCAGGGCCAUGGCCAUCAUAAAAUUCUGUGACAGAGAUGACACUGGAAAAUACAUCCUCACCGUCAGGAAUGUGAGUGGAACCAAGACCGCAGAGGUCAACGUCAAAGUUCUCGACACACCUGGAGUUUGUCAAGGCAGCAUCGAGAUCAGCAAGAUAACAGAGGAGUCAUGUACCCUGAGCUGGAAGCCUCCACUAGAGGAUGGUGGCGACGAGAUCAGCCACUACGUUGUGGAGAGGCGUGACACCAACAGACUGAACUGGGUAGUUAUGCAGGCGGAGUGCAAGGAGCUCACCUGCAACAUCACUGGGCUGUUCAAGAACACAGAGUACCUGUUCAGAGUCCGGGGAGUAAACAAGUACGGAGCUGGAGUCCACCUCCAGUCAGACCCCAUGGUCGCCAGAAACACCUUCACUGUGCCAACUCCUCCUGGUGCUCCAGAGAUCCUGGUAUCAGGAAAGGACUUUGCCACCAUAGAGUGGAUGAAGCCGGAGAGCGACGGUGGCAGCCCGUUGAUUCAUUAUCUGGUGGAGAGACGUGAGAGAAAGAGCGCUCGCUGGGUGAAGGUGAACAGGGACGGCGCUCACCUGGACACCACACUUAAAGUGUCUGGUUUGACCGAAGGAAACAUCUACCAGUUCAGAGUGACCGCCAUCAACAAGGCUGGAGAGAGUGAGCCCAGCGAGGUUUCUCUGUAUGUGGUCUGCAGAGUGCCCACAUGCACUCCCUCUCCUCCUUCUAUCCCUCGUAUCACGGACACUCACGCCGAGAGCAUCAGCCUGGCCUGGUCUCGGCCCGUGGAGGAUGGAGGAGCUGAUGUGAUCGGAUACAUUCUGGAGAUGCAGGAAGCUGGAGCAGAGGAAUGGAAGAAGGCCCAUGAAAAGACUCUGCGUACUACAGAGUAUGUCGUAACUGGGCUGUCUGCAGGAAAGAAGUACUGCUUCAGAGUGGCCGGCAUCAACAUCAACGGCACAGGAGACUUCAGUGAACCAUGUGCCGAGACUGAGCCAGUCGAGAGAAUUGAAACCCCUGACUUUGAGCUCCAUGACGAUCUGAAGAAGACCAUCUGCCUCCGUGCCGGUGGCUCCCUUCGACUCUUCGUCAACGUCACUGGCCGUCCUGCUCCUGCCAUCACCUGGAGCAAGCCUGGUGUCGACCUCCACAACAGAGGCUUCAUUGAGGUCACCAACAAGUCCACCACCCUCAUCAUUGACAAGGUCCACCGCUAUGAUGCUGGAAAGUACACAGUGGUGGCCGAGAACGCUGCCGGGAAACAAGAAGUCCACAUUCUAGUCAAGGUCUACGAUACUCCUGGACCAACUGGUCCAAUCAAAAUGAAGGAGCUGGCCAAAGACUCUGCCACCAUCUCUUGGGAAGCCCCAACCGUGGACGGCGGUGCUCCAGUCAACAACUACAUCAUCGAGAGGCGUGAAGCCUCCAUGAGAGCCUAUAAGACCGUCACAUCCAAGUGCAGCAAAACAUCAUACAAGAUUGAUGGCCUGAUGGAGGGCAUGCUGUAUUACUUCCGGGUCCUUCCUGAGAACAUCUAUGGUGUCGGUGAACCCUGUGAGACUCCAGACGUCAUCCUGGUUUGUGAGGUGCCUUUGCCACCACAGAAACUGGAGGUGAUCGAUGUGACCAAGAGCACCGUCACCUUGGGCUGGGAGAAGCCCGAGCACGAUGGUGGCAGCAGACUGACGGGCUACGUCAUCGAGGCCUGCAAGUUUGGCACCGACAAGUGGAUGAAGGUGGCCACGCUGAAGCUCACAGAUUUCGAGCACACCAUUGAGAAGCUGAAUGAGAAGGAGCAAUAUUUGUUCAGAAUCAGAGCCAUCAACAGCAGAGGAGCUAGCGAGCCCAAAGAGCUUGUUGCAGCCAUCACUGUCCAGGAACAGAGAGUGAUGCCUGUGGUGGACUUCUCCAGUAUUCCUCAGAAGGUUGUCAACGUCCUGGCUGGAAAGACUCUGGAGCUGGACCUUCCUAUCAUUGGAAGGCCUCCUCCCGUCUGCUCUUGGUACUUUGGCAACAACAAGAUGAAAGUCACAGACCGUGUGAAGAUCAAGAGCACGGGCAAGUUCUCCAAACUAACUGUGUCUGAAACCACUAUUGAUGACACCGGUGACUACACCUUGGAGGUGAAGAACGCAGUUGGUGUCAUCGCAGAAAACAUCAAGGUCAUCAUACUCUCUAAGCCUGAUGAACCGAACGGACCCAUCAGGUUUGAUGAGAUUGAUGCCACCACUGUCACCUGUAGCUGGGAUCCCCCGGUCAGAGAUGGUGGAGCUCCUAUCAGUGGCUACGUGGUGGAGCAGCGUGAUGCUCACAGACCAGGCUGGGUACCGGUCAGCGACUCAGUCAGUCGACCGAUGUUCAAAUUUGAGAAUCUAAAUGAAGGAGAUGAGUACGUCUUCCGUACAGCGGCCAUCAAUCGCUAUGGCACCGGAGAGUUCCUGCAGUCUGAGAUUGUAACGUGCAGGAGCUUGAACAAUGUGCCUGGACCUCCUGGUCGUCCGACCAUCUUCGAUGUUUCUCGUGACGGCAUGACCGUUGCCUGGAACCCACCAGAUGAGGAUGGUGGUCUUGAGGUUUCUGGAUACAUCAUUGAGCGCAAGGAGGUCAGGUCUGACAGAUGGGUACGUGCCAACAAGAACCCCAUCACCAUGACCAGAUACAGGUCGACCGAGUUGAUCGAGGGCCUGGAGUAUGAACACAGAAUCACUGCUAUCAAUGCCCGAGGUCUGAGCAAACCUAGUCUGCCAUCCAAACCAGCAGUGGCGACAGAUCCAAUCGAUCCACCAGGAUGUCCUCAGAACCCAAGAAUCACAGACACUACCAAGUCCACCGUGUCGCUGGCUUGGAGUCCUCCUGAUGAUGAGGGAGAUGCUCGUGUGGAUGGUUACCUGAUAGAGAUGCAGAAGGUGGGCACCGCGGCCUGGAUCAAGUGCAACACCACGCCAUCUCUGAUCUGUGAGUACACUCUGACCAACAUGCCCCAAGGAGAGGAGUUCAAAUUCCGUGUAAUGGCCUGUAAUGCCGGUGGCUCUGGAGAACCUGCUGAAGUCCCUGGAACUGUCACUGUGACUGAGAUGCUUGAAUCUCCUGACUAUGACCUGGAGCUAAAAUACAAAGACAAGUAUGUGGUCCGCCAUGGAGGAGUGGUUAGACUCUCUCUGCCCAUCAAGGGUAAACCUCACCCAACCUGCAAGUGGUCAAAGGAUGGUGGUGAGGUCUCCACCAAGGCCAUGAUUGUCUCCACUGAAGACAAGACUGAGCUGGUAAUCAAGGGAGCAGAGAGGAGUGACUCUGGUGUCUACAGCCUCCUGCUGGAGAAUAAGGUAGGCAAGAAGAAAGCUCAAAUCAAGGUGAAAGUAAUCGGCCGCCCAAGCUCUCCAGAGGGACCAUUGGUCUUUGAAGAGAUCCAGGCCAACUCUGUCAAAGUGUCCUGGAAGGCACCAUCUGAUGAUGGUGGUUCAGAGAUUCUCGGUUACAUUGUGGAAAGACGCGAAGCAGCUAGAAAUGCCUGGUACACCGUGGACUCCAGAGUGACUGAAACUCAGCUCAUCGUUAAAGGCCUGAAGGAGGGAACAGAGUACCACUUCAAGGUCACUGCUGAAAACUCCUUUGGUAUCAGCACAUCUCUGAAGUCUGAACAGCCACUGGUUCCCAAAACUCCACUCUGUCCUCCCGAGCCUUCAAGUACACCACCAGAGAUCAUGGACGUUACCAAGAGCUCAGUGGCUCUGGCCUGGUCCAGACCAAAGGACAACGGCGGUUCUGCAAUCACUGGCUACUUCAUCGAGUACAAGGAAGUGUCCGCUGAAACCUGGUCCCGCCAUGAGACCAAGAUCACCUCCACCAUGUUCACGCUACCCGGACUCACCCCUGAAAAAGACUACCAGUUCCGCAUUAUUGCUGUCAACGACAUCGGCCAAAGCGAGCCUGGACCUGUUUCUGACCCAGUCACAUGCAAAGAUCCAUUCGACAAGCCAAGCCAACCGGGCGAGAUUGACACAGUGAAUGUGACUAACAACUUAAUUGCCAUCCGCUGGCAAGCUCCAGAGUGUGACGGUGGAAAGGAGGUGCUGGGCUACUGGGUAGAGUACAGGAAAUCCAUCGAAAGCACCUGGAAGAAAUGCAACAAACAGAGACUGAAGCAAAUGGAGUUCACCAUGCCGGGACUGGCUGAGGCCACGGAAUAUGAGUUCAGAGUGUUUGCUGAGAAUGAGACAGGAAUGAGCAGGCCUCGUAGGACUGCCAUCUGCAUCAAGACCAAACUGAGUGUUGAAACUAAGCCGAGCCUGAGGAAGGAAAUGGAUGAAGUAACUACCAAGCUUGGCCAGCCUGCCAUCAUGAAGUGCCAGAUCAUUGGCAGACCUGUUCCUGACAUUAAGUGGUAUCAUGCAGGCAAAGAGGUCAUCGAGUCUCGCAAGUACGAGAUGAGCUCUGAUGGCCGCAACCAUUCGCUGUCUAUCAUGACAGACCAGCAGGAGGAUGAGGGAGAAUACACCUGCAAGGCCAUCAAUGAUGCUGGAGACGUUGAGACCACAGGAGUCCUGGUGUUGGAGGCUGCUCCAUCCUUCCACCCCGACUACCCAAUAAAGGACACUUACUACGCUGGCUUAGGAACCACUCUGCGCAUCCAUGCCGUUUACAUCGGCCGUCCUGAACCGAAGAUCAUGUGGCUGCAAGGAGCAAAGACACUGGAGAACACAGAGGACAUUAGCAUCGAGACCACCGAGCACUACACUCACCUGGUCAUCAAGAAUGUGAAGCGCAGAGUCCAUGGAGGCAAAUACAGGAUCAGACUGCACAACCACUUCGGCAGAGCUGACACCGCCUUCACUGUAGAGAUCUAUGACAAACCCGACAUGCCUCAAGGUCCCAUUGUUCUGGACGCCCUCCUGAAAAACUCUGUGAUCAUCAGCUGGAAGCCUCCCAAGGAUGACGGAGGAUGCAUGAUCACCAACUACAUCGUGGAGAAGCGUGAGGACAAAGAGGGCACCGAAUGGGAACUGGUGUCCUCCUCCAUCAACGGAACAUCUUGUCGUGUCCCUAACCUCGUCGACAGUGCUGGGUACUUCUUCCGUGUCUAUGCCCAGAAUCGCUAUGGCAGCAGUGAACCCCUGGAGCUAACUUCCCCCAUCCUCAUCAAGAGCCAGCUGGAGAAACCAUCACCACCUCUGUCACCAGUUGUUUCUGGAAUUACAAAGGACUCCUGUGUGGUUUCCUGGAAGCCUCCGCUCAGCGAUGGUGGAUCCAAGAUCAAGAGCUAUUGCCUUGAGCGGAAGAACAAGAAGGACAAAAAGGAAUGGACCGAAUGGACUUUGGUGACCACAGAUGAGAUCAAACAGACGGUGUUCUCCGUCAAGCGCUUGACCGAAGGCGUUGAGUACAUCUUCCGUGUAAAGUGUGAGAACCUUGGAGGACAAAGUGACUACAGCGAGGAGACCGCUCCCAUCAUUACAGCCAAUGCCAUGGAGAUCCGUGCUCCUGCCUUCAAGGAGGAGCUGAGGAAUAUGAGUGUCAAGUAUAAGAGCAAUGCCACCCUGGUCUGCAAGAUCACAGGACAGCCCAAGCCUGUGAUCAAAUGGUUCAGACGAGGAAAGGAAAUUCAUUCUGAUGGAAAGAAGAUUAAGAUUCAGGAGUUUAAGGGAGGUUACCACCAGCUGGUCAUCACAGAGGCUGAUGAGGAAGACUCCACCGUUUACCAGAUCAGAGCCACCAACCAAGGAGGUUCCAUCUGUGCCACAGUUUCUCUGGAUGUGGAAAUCCCUGCAAAGAUCCACCUGCCAAAGAACCUUAAGGACAAAGAAGCCAUCCCCGCCCUCCGUGGAGAGGUGGUCAAUAUCAAGAUUCCUUUCGGAGGCAAACCAGACCCCGUCAUCACGUGGCAGAAGGGACAAGAUCUUAUUGACAGCAAUGGCCACUACCAGGUCAUUGUCACCAGAUCAUUCACUUCAUUGGUGUUCCCUAAUGGAGUGGAGAAGAAGGACGCUGGUUUCUACAUUGUUUGUGCCAAGAACAGAUUUGGCAUUGACCAACAAACGGUUGAACUGGACGUUGCGGACGUACCUGAUCCUCCACGUGGCAUCAAAGCCAGUGACGUUUCCAGAGACUCGGUCACACUGAACUGGGUGGCCCCAGCAAACGACGGCGGUAGCAAAGUCAUCAGCUACAUCAUUGAGAAGUGCCCCACCACUGCCGAGAGGUGGGAGCGUGUUGCCCAGUCCCGGGACACCCGCUACACCGUCAUCAACCUGUUUGGAGGAACGAGCUAUCAGUUCAGAGUCAUUGCUGAGAACAAGUUUGGACAGAGUGCCCCGUCCGAGACCAGUGGGCCUGUCAUGACCAAAGAGGACAAAUCUAGAGUCCUGCUUUAUGACAGGGAGGUAGAUGACACUGAGCGUGUCCCCAGGGGCAAGGCUCCUCACUCCGAUGCCAAGAAUCUGCACAACAAAUACGCCAUUGCAGAGGAACUGGGCAGAGGUCAGUUUGGCAUUGUCCACCGCUGCGUUGACAUCAGCUCUGAAAAAACCUACAUGGCUAAAUUCGUCAAAGUCAGAGGUGCUGAUCAGACAAUAGUCAAGAAGGAGAUUGCUACCCUGAAUCUGGCCAAACAUGCCAACUACCUUCUCCUCCAUGAGUCCUUCGACAGCCCCGAGGAGCUGGUGAUGAUCUAUGACUUCCUCUCUGGUGCUGACAUCUUUGAACGCCUCAGUACAGCUGAGUUUGAGCUUAAUGAGCGUGAGAUCGUUAACUACAUCAGGCAAGUCUGCUCUGCUCUGGAGUUCCUGCAUGCUGAGAGCUAUGGACACUUUGACAUCAGACCUGAGAACAUCGUGUACACAACUAGAACCAGCUCUAAUGUGAAGAUCAUUGAGAUGGGACAGUCCAGACACCUGACUCCCGGAGACCAAAUCAAGAUUCAGUACACAACUGCAGAGUAUGCAGCUCCAGAGAUCCACCAGAGUGACAUGGUCAGCACUGUCACUGACAUGUGGUCCGUUGGUGUCCUCGCGUACGUGCUCAUAAGUGGACUGAAUCCUUUCACAGCUGAAACCAACCAACAGAUGAUCGACAACAUCUCCACUGCUGCCUACAGUUAUGAUGACGAGUCCUUUAAGCAGGUCAGUGUCGAGGCUUUAGACUUCACAGACCGCCUAAUGACAAAGGAACGCAAGCACCGCAUGACGGCAGCCGAGGCCCUGGCACAUCCUUGGCUCACCAAGCCGGUAGAGGAGAUCAGUGCCAGAGCGAUCCCCACUUCCAGGCAUAAGAGAUACUACCAGACAAUGGUAAGGAAAGAGUGGAACACAGUUGUCUCUGCUGCUCGUGUUGCAAGCGGCGGCUCAAUCCGGUCCCAACGCGGCGUCUUCGUCUCCAAAGUGAAGAUCGCUCCAUUUGAACAUGGUCCUGUUGCUGGACAGAUCAGCCACGCAGUGGUGAAUGAAGGAGAUAUUGUGAAGUUUAUCUGCAACAUUGAGAACUAUGACAGCACCACCGAAGUCACCUGGUACUGUGGUGUAAGGCAACUUGAAGCCGGUGACAAAUAUGAAAUUGAAUAUGAAGACGGUCUGGCUGUGAUCACCAUCAACAAGGUGACGAGAGCAGAUGACGGCACUUAUAGAUGUAAGGUUGUGAAUGAGUACGGUGAGGACAGUGCCUAUGCAGAGCUGUUCAUCAGUAGCAUUAGAUCGUACCGCGACUUCUUCACCACCCGCGUGGUCAAGAAAACGAAGCGUAGGGUUGACACCGCCAGAAUGCUCCAAAAGCCACCGGAGUUCACCCUUCCUCUGGUCAACAAAACCGCCUACAUCGGUGAAGACGUGCGAUUCGGUGUCACGAUCACUGUCCAUCCAGAGCCUCGUGUCAUCUGGCACAAAUCUGGACAGAAGCUCAUCCCCGGACAUGAUGACAGGAAGUACACCUUCAUCAGCGACAAGGGCCUUUACCAGCUGAUCAUCCACAACCUGGAUAAAGAGGAUGAUGCCGAGUACAGCGUUGUGGCACGUAACAGGUAUGGUGAUGACAGCUGCAAGGCUCGUCUCACUGUUGUCCCUCGACCUAAACCAGCAGACCUCACGCUGAGGCCUAUGUUUAAACGCCUGCUCGCAAAUGUUGAGUGCAGAGAAGGCCAGAAUGUGCGCUUUGAGAUCAGAGUAUCUGGACAUCCCACAUUGAAGUGGGAGAAGGAUGGCACACCUCUAGCAUUUGGACCAUCCAUCGAGGUUGUUCACGAGGGCCUGGAUUACUUCAUUCUUCAUGUGAGAGACACUCUUCCUGAGGACUCUGGUGUGUACAGAGUUACUGCCACCAACUCUGCUGGAUCCGCUAGCUGCCAAGCCACUCUCAAAGUUGAGCGCGUCACUCAUGUCAAGAAGGAGUACGAGCCCACUGAAAAGGAGAAGAAGAAGCAAGCUGGAAAGGAGGAAUUAGACAAAAAGGUCAGGCUGUCUCAGAUCAUGGCUGGUACUGUAGUCACACCUCUACCGCCUGCGGCAGUACAGGCUGUCAGGGAGGCAGCCACCAUGUUCAAACCAGCCGUUACAACUAAGAAGGGUGAGAAGACUGAGGCAGAGAUUCAGAAAGAAAAGGAAGAGAGGAAGAAGAGGGCAGAUGAGAAGAGGCUGCGUAUGCCAUAUGUUGUCCCCACACCUCGUGUUAUUAACCCGGCUGUUCUGGAGGAGGAUGUGGAGAUAAAACACUUCCAGCCUCUUUCUGACAUGAAAUGGUACAAGAAGCUCCGGGAUCAGUACGAGUUCCCUGAGCCAAUGGAUAAAAUCAAGCAGAAGAGGAUGAAGCGAAUCCGCCUCUCUAGAUGGGAGCAGUUUUAUGAGGUGCCCAUCAGGAUCAAGGAUCAGUACAAACCAAAGUGGCGCAUCUCGUCCUUGACCCAGGAUGACUUGGAGACAGUGAGGCCUGCAAGGCAUCGCACUCCUUCCCCUGAAAUGGACGCCUACCACCGCAUUCGGAGGAGGUCUCUGGGUGACCUGUCAGACGAGGAGCUGCUCCUGCCGGUUAAUGAGUACCUGUCCAUGAAGAGGAUCGAAGAGGAGAGGCUCCGUCUGGAGGAGGAGCUGGAGCUUGGCUACUCUGCCUCUCCUCCCAGCCUCAGCCCAGUUCGCUUUGAGCUGUCGGCCCUGCGUCCUUCGUCUCCUCGAAGAGCUUACAGCGAUGAUGAAGAAGGAGAAGAAAUCCACAGAUAUGACUCGUACCGCAUUCCAUCCAAGUACGAGGCUGGCCCGAGUUUCGUUGACCUGCGCCAGCGUCAUGACAAAGCCACUUACAAACCUCCAAGACAAAAGCAGAGGGUGCACGAGGAGAGAGAAGAUCUGGAGCUGCUGCGUCCCCACACAACGGCUCAGAGAAUCUCUUCUUACAAGAGCGAACUCAGACGCAUCGAUUUCGAGGAGAAGACACGAACCUCUAAAAAGGAAGCGACUGUUUCAGUAUCAACCAUCUCUGAGGCCACUGAAUCUGAGCACCUGACUACUUUUGCCUCUGAAUAUAUUCCUAAACCAAUCAAGAAGCACCCAAUGCCUGAGCCUGAGAGGAGGAGAUCCCCUACCCCAGGAAAGGCUGCAAAGACAGAUGUGAGCCUACCUAAAGUUGACUUCCUUUCCAGGUAUGAGGAGAGAAAGCAGGCUCUGAGAUCAGAGAGGAGGUCUGUGGAGAGUAGGGUGGAGGUGGUGACUCAGGCUCCUUUCAGCCUCGACCAUGCCCCUCGCAUCACCAUCAGGAUGCGAUCUCAUCGUGUCCCCUACGGCUCCAACACCAGGUUCACUCUGAAUAUCCAGGCCAAACCUGAGCCAGAUGUCAAGUGGUUCCACAAUGGACAAGAGAUCCGUCAGAGUAGCAAAUACCACAUGACCAACAUCAGUGGAGUUCUGACUCUCCAGAUCAUCAACUGUGUGACUGAAGAUUCAGGAACUUACCGUGUGGUCUGCAAGAACUCCAAAGGAGAGACUUCUGACUAUGCCACACUGGAUGUAGCAGGAGAAGAGUACGCUGCUUUCUCUUCACUCCGCAAAGAUGAGGAGCCCCCAUCCGCCCAUCUUCCUGAAAUGACCAGAACUGAGGUGUAUCACGUGUCGUCCUCUAAAACAGUGACAGAAUCCGUUACUGAGAGUGUGAAGGAGACGACCACCGUUGUUGAGAAGACGAGGGAGAAGCCCAGUGUUCCUGCCAAGAUCCUGACCAAACCGCAGUCCUUGACUGUAGAGGAAGGAGACAGCGCUCGGUUCGACUGUGAUGUGGACGGAGAACCAGCGCCUUCUAUCACCUGGAUGCACGAAGGAGUGGUGGUCGGCCCCUCGGCCCGCCAUCACAUUGUCUCCACUCAGUACAACUCCUCCUUCGAGAUCUCUGCCGUUGAGGCGUCAGAUGAAGGCAGCUACACUCUGCUGGUGGAAAAUGCUGGAGGAAAACAGGAAGCCUACUUCACUCUGAACAUCCACAAGUCUGAGUCCAAGGACAAAGUCGUGGCUCCUCCAAGAAUCACGUCUCCAGAGGCUAAAUCCCCUCUGGCCAAGUCCCCUGAACCAGUCAAAUCUCCCCAAAGAGUCAAGUCCCCUGAACCAGUCAAGUCACCCCAAAGAGUUAAGUCUCCAGUUUCACCAAAGUCUCCAACACCAAAGUCCCCCACCCCCAAAUCCCCAACUCCAUCCGAGAAGGAACGAGUGAAAGAAGUCAAGAUGUCCGCUACAGAGGGCGAGUGUCUGACUCUGAGGGCCAACCUACCCGGGGCCACCGACAUUAGAUGGAUCCUGAACGGAGUUGAGCUGGCCAACUCAGAGCAGUACAGAUAUGGUGCAUCUGGCCACGACCAGAUCCUGACCAUCAGGUCGGUCAGCCGGGAGGAGCAGGGCUUCAUCACCUGUCAGGCUCAGACGCUGCAAGGCCUGGUCCGUUGUCAGUUCAACACCAUGGUCACAGCAAAGAGCUCAGAAGCCCCUCAUUUCCUGGUUCAGCCCAGGUCCCAGAAUGUGAACGAGGGACAAAAUGUUAUGUUCACAUGUGAAGUUUCAGGAGAGCCAUCCCCCGAAGUGGAGUGGCUGAAAGAUAACAUGACAAUUUCUGUCACAGCAAAUGUCCGACUGAGCCGCACAAACAACGUUUACAGUCUGGAGAUAUGUGACGCCACAGUUUCAGACAGUGGCAAAUACACAGUAAAAGCCAAGAAUCAGUUUGGCCAGUGCUCUGCAACCUCAUCCCUCAACGUACUCACUCUUGUUGAAGAACCAACAAAAAUGAUAAUUGUGGAACAAAGGGCUUCGGCCUCGAGCAUGCAGGAAUGUUUCUCAGCCUCGUCAGUUCACGCGGAGGCUGGCGGUUUUAGCAGCAGCUCCCGCUCUGCCACUACCGCUGAGUGUUCGUUUGAGAGCAUGUCUGCGACAAGCAUGUCGGCCAUGAUGUCUGAGGCCGUGGUUUCCAUGAGCUCCAGCCAGACGAUGCAUAUGUCUGCUCACUCGCAUGUCGAGGCCUCGUCCUCACGGAUGGCCCUCACCACAGGGGCUAAAAGAGGCGUCCCACCAAAGAUCGAAGCUCUUCCUCAGGAUGUCAGCGCUGAGCCGGGGAAGGCCCUGACUGUGGCAGGGCUGUUCUCUGGAGACCCCAUCCCCUCCGUCCAGUGGGUGCGCUCAGGUCGGAUCCUCCCCAACGGGGAUGAACGGAUCCAGGUGGAGAGCAGCGAUGACCUCUCGACCCUGGUGAUCUCGGCGGUGAAGGAGGCCGAUGCCGGAGCGUACACGCUGCGACUGUCCAAUGAGCUCGGCUCCGACUUUGCAACCGUCAACGUUCACAUUCGGUCUAUGUAAAAAAAGAAAGAGUUAAUUUAAGCCCUGCCUCCCUCUGACCCUUUUUAUUUAGAAUCAUUUACCUGGUGAAGAUCUGAAUUUCUGUUCUUGUAAAUAUGAACUAUUUUUGUACCAAACUUGACAUUAAUUUAUGCCAAACUAGACUAAAGUCUAAAGUUGUUAUAAAAUGUGCCAUAUUGGACAAUUAUGACUUAGGAUUUGUGAACCUCUUUUCUGUGACAUGUACAUAAUGUAUAUAGCCGAAUUGAACGGUUAUGGGAAAUGUAUGCAUUGUUAUUUAUGACAAGAAUAUGAAACUGAAACUAAAGAACAGAUGCUAUAACAGGAGAAAGUUUCACAUGGGACGAAUACCCUGUUAAACUGAGAAACUAAACUCUGUGCCUCAACAACAAGUUGAAGUCUAAGAUUGCCUCAACAGGUAGAGAGGCUCCCUGUUGAUGUCCUGUACCAGAAACACAAAGACAAAGUUCUUGUUUAGUGGAAUCACAGUUUUCCUGUGAGUUGUGAGCGUAAGACCCUGAGUGCUGUUUGCAUUACCCUCAUGUAAGCAGCAUGACGCGGCCUUGUUGCUCAGACUGACUGAGUCGUACCACCAUGAUUUGAUGUCCUGCAGAGAGGGCGAGCGGCCUGCACUCUCUGCUUUUAGAUCCUUUUUAUUAUUAUUUUAUUCAGAGCGCUAUUUCUGAGGCGGCACGGCCUGAACCGGCUGCUCUGAGAAACAUCUCCUGGCCAAGAAUCGAGUGGUCGGCGGUGGCUCUGCCGUCCAGAAACAGCGCCACCUCUUGGAGGAUAGUAACCUGUUGACAUGUUGGUGUGUUUGAGUGUUUGUAGCUUUUAGUGGUUUCAGCUGAUCAGCAGUCGAGGUCUCUGGCACAGAGAUGCCAUCUCCUGUGAGGAGCCGUGUUUAAACCCUCAACUGGAUUCAUUGAUCUGUUGAUGUAGAACUGUAUUUCAUCCUCCUCGAGUUUUUGCAUUACUGAUUUAAUAAAGCAUGAUUUCAGCACUA